AUGGCGGAUUCGUUGCAGUCACAGAAGGUGAGUUUUUAAUUUGUUGAUAUUAACAUCUGUUGAUUUAUCCAUCGUUUAAUAUACUGUUAUAAAACAAAUAUAAAACAUUUUUUCCGUAUUGAUAUAUAGUUAUAUCAACACUCGUGGAAGUUGGAAAAACUCGAAAUUCUGUGAAAACACUCCGCCCUUCGGGCGGGCGUCGUGUUUCCACACAAUUUCUCGUUUUACCAAUUUCCACUCGUGUUGAUAUAACUGUAUAUCAACACGGAAAAUGUUUUAUAUUUGUUAAAUAAUAAACUAUAUAAAAUAAACGUAUAAACGUAAGCGCCUGCGGUACAUUUAUGGAGUAUACCGCUUUAUAUUCAAAAUGGCGGCAAAACAGUUAUUUUUAAUAAAAAGUUAAAAAUAUUUUAUAUCGCUUUGAAUACAGAAUCAAUACAAACAGUUAUCGCUGGUAGACACUGUUUAUAUAUGUAAAGGUUAGUGACAAAUUCAAACCCGGCGUGCUCCCUUGAUGUGUAUUGUCUAUUGAUAAUUUUACUAAAGUUUGUAUUAAACGUUCCCCGGUACCGGGGCAUUUAACAAAUACUUUUCCACCUGUAGCGGGGGAAAUGUGCCGGGAUUAACAAGGUGAUUUGUUAAAUUCCCCGCUAUGCCGCGGGGGUCGGGGGGCCGUAGUUUCAAUUGACUAGUGCAUUAUGGCUUCAUUGGAGGGUCAAGGCAAUUCUGUAGGAAUAUUUCAUGAAUGAGCAAGAGCAGUAUUAUGAGAGAGUUCAACAAUUGGUAGCAGAAAUGAACACAACUGCCUGUUCUGUAUGUGGAAAGCAGUACAAGUAUAAGAAAGCUAAAAUCAAUCAUGAAAAGAAAGUCCACCUAAUUGACCAAAUUGAUGAACAACCAGUUGCUUCAAAUGAUCCAAAAGAAAAAGUCGUUGAUGAUCGAUUCAACUAUGCAUACACAAGGUUGAGUUUAGGUAUGUUGCUUUUUAAUUUUGAUGAUGCGGUAAAAGAAGGGGACGGUGAACGUGUUAUGAGAUGUUGGAAGUUUAUGAUGUUAAUUUUUAAAGCAUAUCAUCAUACAAAGUAUUCAUUUGCUGCACUUCAACUGCAAAUAUCUACCAAAGCACUGCUGACACCACGCCAAGCCCAUAGUUUAAUUUGGAACAGAAUGGUCAACACCAAAGGAGGGAUGGGUAAGAACAUUUCAAUGGAUCUUCGACUGGAACAACUAGACAAGUUGCUUAAAGAUAUGUUAAGGUGUCUUGGAGCAAAUAUAACACAGAAAUCAUCAGAAAGGUGUAGUAAGGCACUUAAAUUAGUAGAAGACAUUCUUUCCAGCAUUGACUCGGAAUUGAAUAUGAAGACACCGAAAGGCCACCAUAUUACUGCUAAGAGAGAUAAGGACUUUAAAGUUCUUGUUGAUGAGAUGAGAUAUUUAAUGGAUAAUUAUAUGGCAUGUUAGUUGAAUGUUCGAUUAAAGAUAAGAAACUUGCACAAAAUAUAAUUGGUGGAUAAUUUUUAACAGACAAUAUUAUGUCAUAGAACAGUUACAAUUAACUGCAUUGAGAUAAUAGAUAUCAUUGUCAAAUGUUUUCUGUGCCAUCAAUAAAAAGCAUAUAUGGUACUGUACAUAGAUGUUUUUGACUUAUUGUCUACUGGGGUGCACAUUUUCAAAUAAACGACAUUAAGCACCAGCGCUUGUGACUCGAUGGGUUAACUAGACACAUGGGCAGUAGGCCAUGCAGUUAGCCCAUUAAGCUCCAGCGCUCUCCCUUGAUGAGUAAAAUUGUCUGGCUAUAGUCUCAUCACAAGAAUAAAAUAAUAAAACACAUCAGGGCGCAACGCAAUUCAUAUGUGUUAACUAGACACGUCAGCGCUUUCCCCUUGAUAAGUACUGUAAAAUCGUCUGGUGUUAGACAGAGUAAAAUAAUUAGUAGGGCACACUGCAACUCAAUGGGUUAACACGGAAUGAUUAUAGAAAUGAUCAUCCAGCUCUUGUUGUAAUUUUUGCACUUCCCCUUACUACAAAAACCUAGCUACUUAUGGAAAUUCACAUUCAGACUCACUACUUUCUGAUUCCUCAUGAUAUUCAGCAUAGAUACCUCCAAAAUCCAAAUCAUAAAAUUCGUUACCACUAAUAGACCAUCAGCUAUGGGCCGAAAAUCGGCCAGUAUGGCUCGAUCAAUGGGAACAACUAAAACCUAUGUCAAUUUGAUCAUUGUCUAUUACGCUUUCCAAAAAUGUAUGAUAGCAAGUGUAGAUCGGUAGUUUUCCAUCUGAAACUGGCACAUGAAGAAUAGCGACUAUGAUUCUCUCUGGCCGCCAUUUUGUUUUUGUGUGCAAGCUUUAAAAGUGCACAAUUUUGCACAAACAAGUUGCAUUUCUUUUUUUAUCAAAAUCCGAGGUCGCUCAAAGAUGAUAGUUACUGUUACUACUGCAAUAAUGUUCACAUUGCUUUGAAAAUGACAUCACAUUCGGUUUAUAUGUCGGUUCGAACCGAUAAACGGAUAUGAACAUGGUGUUUUCUUUUGUAAAAGUAGAAUAAAAUUAUUUCAGAGCUACUCUGUGUGUUUUUUUACUAAAUAAACACAUAUAUUUUCAAUAUUAUGCCUUGACAACCUCUAGACCAUGCUAAAAUUUAACAAAAACAGCUAUUUCUUGUACUCUGUUCCAGUCUCCCAAUUAUCAGAAAAACUCAAGAUGGCAGCGAUAUUUACAGUUUUUGAUGUAAAACAACCAAAUAAUUGUCCAAAUAUAAAGGAAAAUGACUGAUGUUUGUAUAAUUUGUGGGUGUAGUGGAACAAACUUAACCCAAUGUAAAGAUUUAAGAGCGAGUCUCUACAAAAAUCAAACAUACCGCGGCAAGGCUCAAAAUUUUAAAUUCGCUCUACUUUUGAACUUAAGUUAACUAUGACAAAGUAUGAAACGUCAUAUGGUUAGUUUUUAAAAAUACUCUUUUGUUUAUAAAAAAAAGGCAAAAAAAAUUUCAGCUGUGAGGACCAAUUUUCGCAAUCGAAAAAUGGCCGAAAUUGCAUAUGUUUACUUAAUCCUGGUAUCCAAACCCUAAAUCCAAAUAGCCUUAUUAUACUUUCUGCUAAAGAUACAUCACUCCCUCGUUUAUUAAAAGUGGUUUUAUGAUAAUUGAACAACUGAACACAUUUGUGCACAAUAAAGAGCGACGGGUACUGAUCUUUAUUGUUUGUCAUUGCAUGUAAAAAGUGACAGAUUUCUCCAUUUGCCAUCCUUUCAAAUCUUAUGAGAUUUUGCACAAGCACUGUUGGAAAACUGCUCUUUUCAGAAAUGUAUAAUUUAUUUUGGGCAAAUAAAUUCACCUGCUAUGAGAAAGAGUUAACUUUGGUUCAUUAAAUAUGCAAAAAUCACUGUUUGGCAAUUGACCAUUUGCGUAAUAGACAAAAUUUUGAACUCAACAAGUCUAGACAAAAAUUUCAUCACAGCUUGAAAGAGCAUCACAAAAUUAGUAAUAUUCCAAAGUUUCGUUGCAAAAUGUGGAUAAUAUAGCCUUGCAAAAUUUGUAAUUUUCAGUUAUUUUAGAUUACUCAAAGCGUAUCGGGCUGUCAAUUUCCCGUUUGUAAUCUAAAAUGACUGAAAAUUGCAAAUUUCGCAGGGCUAUAUUAUCCGCAUUUUACAACAUUUCGCAACGAAAAUUUGGAAUAUUACUAAUUUUGUGAUGCUCUUUCAAGCUGUGAUGAAAUUUUUGUUUAGAUCAAAAUUUAGUCUAUUACGCGAAUGGUCCGAUUGCAUGACUAAAAACCCCUUGAAAUAAACUCGCUUAAAACAUCAUUGUUCUUUGCCUUUAGUUUAGAGAAUUUGAAGAAACAUAAAUAUACAUACCUUGAAUGAAAAAAUUUUCUUUGAGCUGUUCCACUUUUGGAGUUUAUACCAGGAAUUUAAUAUUGUCGACCAUUCGGUUGUUUACAUCUCCACCUUAUACAUCGACUCAAAGUUCAAUCUAUCAGAAAUCAGCUAAGGGGCGGACCAUUAGAAAUUCCGGGAGGGGGGGUAUAAAAUUUUUGCGGCACAAAUUUUUUUUUCAGUCUCGUGUCUCUGCAGGAAUUUUUUUAAUGCAUUUAACCUCUGCACGAAUUUUUUUUCAAGACUACUUAUACUUUGCUGUUUGCUUGCACGAAUUUUUUUCCUCUGACGUAAUGGCUGCACUAAUUUUUUUUCCAGGCAUUUUCCUUUGCACAAAUUUUUUUUGGGAAUUUUCACCCCCCCUCCCGGGAUUUCUAAUGGUCCGCCCCUAACAAUUCACACAACUUCCAUUCGUGUUCCAUUUACAAUUAUUAAUAUUCUUAGAAACAAAGAGUCAAAAUUAAUGUUGCAGAAAUUCUAUUUUAUUUUUAUACUGACAUAUCGAAAAAGCUAAAUGUUUACAUUAUAGGUGGCGGGCUUCCUGUCGAUUUGGCGGAAGUAAUGCCACUGUGAUGCAUUACUUGUAUUUUUACUAUUGUUUUUAUGUGGAUUAUUGUCGAAAAAAUGCGAUCCGCACACCGCUAUGCUAUUGUUAUCAUGAUUAAUUAUAUCCGUCACGAGCACCCCAUAACAGUUAAACUUCCAUGAAAAGUCAGCAUAUUGGUAUUUGAACUGACGACUGAUCAGAGUGGUUUCGAAGGAAAUGGCACUCUCUAGACGCUGCUAUUUUGGUCCAAUAGUGGGCAUGGAUUGGCACAGAUUAUUCAUUUGAUCGCAGAGAUAUCAAUACUGCAGUAGCAUUGUAGGCCGUCGUCUGCUAUCUAAAAAUGUGCCUAGAAAAAAUUUUCGUUGCACAUAUCGCAAGACUAACCAGUUCUUUCAUAAAGUCAUGGAAGAGCAUGCCAAAUUUAAUAAUAAAAAAAAAACCAAUCAUAACUGUGCACAAGACUGAGAAAUCGAUGUUAUUCCGUCGAUAACGUCAUCUAUAGUAAUGAAAAAUAAAAAUUUUCGAAUUUUGAAAAUUUUAUAAUGCCAUCAUAUAGUUACACACAAGUGAACAAAAAAACUAUAUUAUACCAACCACCUUCAGUCACUCGUUACUGAGAUAUUGCUUACCAAAAUUUAAAAAAAUGCUGAGUCAGCAUUUUACUGCAUCUUAUCUACCAUGUGUCACUUUGGGCUACGUUUUGUGCAAUGUAGGAAUUUUUAGUGGCCAGAAAUCUGUGAAAUGUGAGUGAAGGACUAAACAUGCAAAUUUUCUUAGAAAAGUCAACGUAUCCUAUCCAUUUUAAUAUAAAAGUUAAUAAUGUAAUGCAUCUACACAAAUUCAUGACACCGAAUCAGAAUUGACAGGAAAUAGUAAUCAAGGCCAGAAAUCACAGACAUGAUUUAUUCUACUUCGCAAUUUGCAUAUCACGUUAUCUGAAAUAUGGCUUCUGCAGUAAACAAUAAAUUAUAUUACGCGAUGCUGUAAAUCCAAAAAUCAGAGAUGAUUGACUUGAUUUUAGUUAGUGACCAUUCUGUAUUUUCCGUAUUUGUACAGAGGUUAGUAUGUACGGAAUUUUUCUAUUUAACAUAUAAUAGUACCGUGGCUACUAGAAACAAACGAAAAUGCAGAAUAGGCAGUAACUUACACCAGGCAAACACCACACAAUAUAUUUCAACAGACCUUGUUCUGCAACCAGCAAUCGAGGUAAAUUGCAAACGACUACCAAUAUUCUUUGAUUUUGCAAUUUAAAGCAUCCCGUAAUAUAAUUUACUGUUUACUAUCGAAGCCAUAUUUCAACGGGUUAUGUAUUAAUGAUAUGUAAAAUUAGUAAGGAAAUAGAAUAAUCAUUUCCAUGAUUUCUGGCUAUGUACGGGAUGUCUCUCAGUACGUUUAAUGUUCAUCAUCAAAGUCAUUUUCAUCAAUAUCGUCAGCAUCUGUAUCACUUUCAUCACUUUCUUGUGUUGCGUUUGAACAAUGAUUGCAUCGGCAAAUGCUUGUGCAUUGCAAGUUGGCCUUGCAACAUGAACAUCUAUUUGAUGUGCAUCCCGUUUUACAUCCACAUUGAACAUUUUCAAGGAUCCCAUCUGGGGUAGGUGGUAAAUCCAUCCAAUCUAUGGAUACAUUCCCGUCGUUGUCAACAAGCCAGCCAUGUUCGGCUAUGUUAGGGCAAUCGGUAAUGGGAGUUAAAGCUCUUCUCCAAAUUGCAGCCUGGUACACAACUCUGUUUAGGUGUUUUCUUAAGACAUCUUUGGUGCAUGGCAUAUCCCUUUCACAAUACUUUCCAAGUCGAAAAAUGUUAUAACGUGCUACAUUUACAUCGUCCACUUGUUUCUGUUGAUACAAUAGGCAGAUAAACUUCUCGAUCUCUUUCUCCAAAACAGGAUUUGAGAUGAAAGUGGAUCCAAUAGUCUGAAAAGCAGGCAAGAAUUCAAGAUUCUUGUCCAAAACCUUCAAAAUGUUAACUUUUCCCUUGUAAUAAAAUGAACUCGUGCUGUCACAGCCUAAAAACGGACAAGAGAAACAUCGAAGUGGGGAAUAUUAAAUAAGAUAUGGAUCAGAAAUUGGGCUGUAACUGCAGUUUAUUUCCCAUGUAGAAAAUUUAAAUGGUAGCGAGUUAACUGGACUGAAAAAUUCAGUUACCUGUAAACGCAUGAAAUCCAAUUAAUCCAUCGCAAAACGAAGCACCUAACUGGCGAUGACACUGAUCAAGAUCAAGCACUCUUCGGUGGUUGCCAGACCCAGUGUCGAAAUACAGCAUGGCAUCAAUCGCGUCCUUGUGGCCUAACAUCAAAACAAAUACGUCCGUAUCGGGACUUCGCACGGUUAUUACGUGAUGUUCAGUCGAGGCGUGUUUUGCAUGAAGAAUGAGACGAGUAUCCGCUUCUUCAUGGUCGGAGUAUAAUUCUGGGACAUCUCCAACUCGUACCACAUUUCUCACAUCAACAUAAAACCGAUGACACAUCUGUUGACGGCUCGAAAUUUCAUACUUUCGGUUCAGUGCAUGCUAUGAAGACAGAAAUACCACCAUUCGAUUCAGAAAUAAAAUAUCAACUAGUUCCAAACGAUAGUUAUAGUCAUUAUUAGUAUUGUAACGAUUUAUGGGCCUUUGAAAGUCAAAACGAUCAUAUUGUAUCAAAUUACGCAAUUGUCUGAACAAAAAUUACAGAUUAUUAUAGACUAGCCAUACCUUUCGCCGAAAAUAACUUCGGCCCCAUCGAACAUAUCGUCUUUGUAAUAGUCUUGUUCGAAUCCCCAUUAAAUAGUGUUUUUGGAGUGUUAUUUGCAACCCUGAAUCUACAAAUCUGUAUCUUUUAUCAAUAUAUUUCCAUUUCUUGUCCGACUGUGAGCUCGAAGUGAAUUAAUCCCAACCGGAAAUACGACUGAAACCCGUCAAAACAAUGCGGCGUUUGUAUCGUAAGACCCUGGAAAGGCCAGAAAUGGAUUCGCAAGGUCAAAUUGCACCUACACGUGUGAGUUUGACGUCAUCCCGGCCAAAGGAGCUUCUUAUUGGCCAAUUAUUGCGCAAUGUACGCAAGUGCGAGUAAAACCCGAUAUCUUGAAAAAUUCAAAAUAAAUAUUUCUAGUCGGCGUAUACAUACGAAACUUUCUACACGAAAGCGCUUGAAUACAGAGAGUAUUUUACACAUAUAGCCGUUUAGCAAAUGACGAAAAGUUCAAGGGGUAUUCAAGAUCUUGUGGAUAUGAAAUCUAGAAUCUUUGGCCAAGCGGUGAGUAAAUAUAUGAUUGUUUCGCUUUGUGUAAUGUUUUGACGGCACUUGACCCCCCGUUCGAAAGGUUAUUUUAUGAGGAUUUCAAUGGUGGCAUUUAUUUAAAAGGGGGGUAAAUACUCGCCGAGAUAUUUAUAUUAGAAAAAUUGAAUCGAAAUGUAAUGCGAAACCGGCCUGUCAGGAAAGAGUUAAACUGUACGACAUAAGAUUUUUCAUAUCAACUUCUCUAGAUUCACCGAUUGCCAACAAACAAGAGAUAAACUUUGCAUCGUUUCUUAGUUCAACGAUCUCACCUUUCUUCGUUUUUACUUGCGAUUUGACAUUUCGUUUUGUAAAGGUCUUUAGAUUUGUUUUCGGGAUUGUUGUAAAUAUAUCUGGCUUUUCAGCUUUGACUUUGUCGUCCACAAAUUCUUUGAAUUUUCUUUCACCAAUUUCUUUUGCGGCUAGCAUAUCAGUCACCACGCAAGGAUUUGCCACCUCCCCACUGGCGAUGUUUAUAAGAUCUUUCAGAUCAGGAUCAAACGGGUUUGUCAUUGCUGAGAUUGUUUCAAUUACAGCGGAUAUCUCAGAGUUAUGGUAUAUCAUCUGGGACACAUCAAGGUCUUUACGCGCUCUGUAAUGUAAUGUAAUGUAUUGUCAUGUAAUUGAUCAUGAAAUAAUAUAUGACACCGUACAAGCACUUGCAUGUAUUUAAAUCGUAAUAGUUUCUUUCCAAAUUCCAGCAAUAAAUUUAUUGAAAUUAGAAACGCUCUACUUACAGUACCUUUCGUUCUUAGAAAGCCCAGCAAGAGAAUAGCACUGCCUCUUUCCGACUGUGCAAGAAUCCAUCGCUGAACGGCAGAUCUAUUAAGAGUAAAUCCCGUUAUGCCACCUUUCGUCUUUGAGUCCCGGUUGAAGGUCUGCUCCAUAACUUGAUCGCACGCUGAGGAUGAAAAGCCAUAUUUUUGUUGUCGUUGACAUGUCCAGUUUGCUUCGAUUCCAUGUAGUGCAUCUAGGAGUUCAAAGGAAUGAAGUUUACAACCUACUAAAAGCACCAAUUAUAAACAUCUGGCAUAUACAUACAUGCACAAACCUAUGAUCCACUGUAAUCUAAAUACUGAAUAUAAUUUUGUGUACCUGGAUGAGUCGUAUUAAUGCAAAUCAUCUCAAGCCAAUAUAUCGAUCCGUAUCUGGCGUAGUUGACACGGUCUGCCGCGAAAAACCAAGGGAGCAUCGAUCUCACAGCUGAUAAGUGCAAUUCCCAGUUGUUGUCACGGGUUGCUCGAAUGAACAAAAGAAGAGUCUGUACCAUUUGCAUGUAUACCAUCCACAUUUCCAUUGUUUUGUUUGUAGCUGAUUUCUCGUUUACGUAAGUAUUGAAGCCAUUCUGGAUGGACUGAAAUUCUUCAGAGAGUGCGUAAUCUGUAAAUUGUUCGUCUGGAAAUGUUUUGGCCAUGUUCUCUGCAAAAUAACAUAUUUUUUUUCAAUUCCAGAAAUUCAAUGAAAAACAGAAUGUAGAAAAUUUUUCCACUAAACUAAAGGGCAUCAAAAUUUUAAUAGUAUCGAUGAAAAUAAUUAAAUCGUAAAUUCUGUAAUUAACAAACGUUUGAUCAUUGACAUCUUAAAAAUCAAAGCAAGUGAGAAAUUCUUACCAAUAAAAAGUGAUAUUUGCUCCUGCGAUUCUGCAGGCAGUGACUGCAUGUACAUAUCAAAUAAGAGGCGUGUCAAUGCUUCAAACAUCACUUUGUGUGUGCGGAUGGCACGGUUAUAAUGUUUUCCAUUUAUGACUCCAUUGAUGGAUCCAGCUGCUACAAGCUCAGACUCCACAAGCAAAUCCUAAAAACAUAAUGAGACAGAAAAUUAAAAUAUAAAACUGUAGGAACUGUAUAACACUGUACGGUACAUCUUGUUAUUUACUCAAUCUCAGCUGUAACAUUUUGGCUACUUAAAUAGUACAAUUAGUCGUACAUGUAUAUACCUAGUUAACUCACCCUCAAUCCUGCAUCCUUGAACAGCUUUCCAAUUGCUCCACAAAAUGACAUGGCCAUAUGGAAUUCACCAAGUCGAACAAUAAACCUACUUAGAUAUUCUUCUUCUUUCCAUUGCACUUCUUGAAUUUUGGCGUAAAUAGAUUCAUCAAACACCAGGCAGACAUAGUGAAUACAUAACUUGUUUGCAAUUUCUGUGCUCUUUUUCAUUAUAGCGUUGAGUGUUGACAUUUCGGUCGGAGGUGCAUCUAUUAUCGGCAACUAUCCUAUCUUUGACAAAAUUGGGAUUUCUGUGGACUGAAGCAAUAUGUUAAAACCUGUCCAGUUUGGAAAAAGGCACUCAUUUUGAAGAUUUCUGCAAAGAACAAAUGAAAAAUCAAGUGCAUUCGCUGCUUUCUGUGUUGGCACAUAAACAUACUCAUCAACUGAAACUUCUUGAAGAGCAUCCUUAAGGUUUACUGUAACUCGCUUUCCCAGCGCAUACCCAGCUAACACAUUAACGUUUUAACAACGUCGUAACAACGUUGGACUUACGUUGUCAAAACGUUGUGAUAAAACGUUGUCAAAACGUAAAUUUGUAGACAGCAGAAAACGUUGUCACAACGUUGUGGUUAAGUUAAAUGCAACAUUUUCGCUACAACGUUCUGACAUGACGUUGUCACAAUGUUGUGAAAUGACGUUGGGAAAAUGUUGUGAAAACAUCGUGUUGUAACGUUGUCACAACGUCAUUUUUACGUGACAGCAAAAAAAUAUUGUCGCGUUGUGUACGGCAAGAUAUUAAUAGCAUGAUAACAAUUGUCGGAAGGGUCUUUUCAAUCCUUUAAUUUGUUACUGAUUUAUUUAUGCAAGAAAAAGCUUUUCUGCAAUUUACUAUCGUAUAUGGCUGUCAUAUGUAGACCUAAGCCUGUUAGAGUAAAUCAUUGGACACAUAUACUGUAUGUCGGUAUGUAUAAUAUGCGCUUUUUACUGAUCUAAUAUAUCUAGCUGUGACUCGAAAUGGAAAGUUUAUCCAAAAGAUACAAGAAACAUGGAGCGUACUGACUAAAACGACACAUACAAUGCAUUUUAAAUAAAAUCCUUUAAUUUAUUCUGACAUAUGCUACAUUUAUACAAGUCUAAAAACAAAACAUAAUUCCUAUUAAAUAUUAUCUCUCUCUUUCUCUUGAGACUCGUCCACGACCUAUAUGAACAAAAACGUAUUAAACAAUAUUUAGAUGUAUACGAUUUGGCAUAUAUUCGGGAGGUGGGUAGUGCCAAAACAUCGCGUCUUUGCGAUUAUUCUUGCACCAUUCACCUCCACUUCGGUGAAUAAUUGUUAAAUAUAUACACGCAUGCGUGCACACACGCACACACACGCACACGAUAUAUCACAGAACGUAUAUCAUGACUUAGUAAUGUAGGUUACACUGUAAACAAAAUGCUAAAUUUACCCGAUAUCUUGAACCACCAGGCUUGUUUGGAGCAUGCUUCAGGGUCUCUGAGAUGUGCUCUUCAACACUGAGUUCGGUGGCUUUCUGGUGGCUCCUCAUACAGGCCUCUGAAAAAAUACCAAUAUUAUUAGUAAGGCGAUUGCACUAGCUAUUAGUUAACUGGUUUUCUUCUUCACAAUACAACAUCUUCAGAGCAUUUAAAUGAAUUUUAAAUAAUUUUAAUUCAUAAAAAUAAUUAAAAAUAAAAGAGAAAAGUCAUUGUUAUACAUUAAAACUUCAUUCUAUCUUUUAUUGGUUGAUAUUCGCCAGUUAUAAUACAAAUAUUUAUAAAGAACUGGGCAGAGGACUAGAAAUAUUAUUAUAAUAUUGGGCUGGUUAAUCCAUAUCAUGCUUUACAUAUAUUCCAAUCUUCGUUUAAUGCUAACUAUAUAUACCAAAUGAAUGAUGAGUAUUACUUACUUAUAAUUAUAUUGCACAACUUCAAACUUUUAAAAGCUUGUUUUCCUUUCCGGCCUUUAAAACUAAAUAAGGACCACAGCUUGUUUGUCCCAAGCUUUGCCAUAAUUCGGCGAACAGUGUCCCCACAGGUGUGUCCACAUUGUGCCGCGAGAUAAUUCACCUUUAAAGAAAAAGAGAUAAGUUAAUUUAAUUUUUACAAUAGAAACUAAACUACUGUUGAUAUACAUUAAGAAUCCAAUAUUCCCUAUCAGAGAAAUCUAAACAAAACUAACUGUACUACAGUACACAAUGAAUGCGUAAUGUGUGCAUUCAGAAUAAUUCAAUAAUUUGGUCUCGUCAUCCUGAAAAAAAAUAUGAAAAUCUUGAGUGCACAGCAGGAAAAAAGGGUUAUAAUCAAAAUUACCAAUGUUUUAGUGAUGCAUAAUUAUAGUAUGUAUGUUCUUCACUUUCAUUUCCGCAAAUAGAAGGAUUGUAUUAUUAUUUAGUGAUAAGAAUCUUGGAAUACAUACCCAGAUUAUUCUGAAGCAAAGUAUCACAUGACUGACUGUCCAGAAUUCGCAAUGAAUUUCCUACCAGUUCUACACUUUCAAACCCGUCCACCCUAGAGGUAGACCUGGGACCUGAAACAGACUGUAUGUCUGGGUACAAACGAUCUAAAAAAUAAGAAAAAUUAAAAUAAAACAAUGGUUGUUCCUAUAACUCAGAUUCUUGGCAUAGAAAUGAUAUCAAAGUGUGCAUUCCACAUGAUACGCUUGUAAGUAAACACUCUUGCUAGCAUCGUGUAAUUUUACUUGAGACCCAACGCCCCUUGAGAGUUCAUACCUCUCUCUUUAACAAGCAAGGGCACCAUGUGUCGUGCCAUUCUUACCGUCGUGUUACAUUAUACAUGCCCUAAAACCUCUGUGUAACUGUGCGGUAAUUGACAAUAUUUACCCUUUUUCAAAUGAUACAUACUGUUACAAGGUAUUCUUGGCAGAUCAUUUGAAGUCUUUCCCCGAUAAACUGGGGGGCUUGGUAAUGUCAAACUGGAGUCUGUGUUGGGCUGUAAAGUUUUCGUUAGUCUUGGUCUUUUACUGUGGUUUACACUUCCUGCAGCAUGACAUAUAAAAUAGAGGGAACUUAAGAAAUUAUUUGCAUUAAUGUCUAUAUGUUGAGAUUAGUGCGGUCAUUUCGAUAAAGUGUUCGCAAUUCGUCAGAUUUAUACUACAAAUAUGAAAUGCUGUACAUAUGGUAUUUUACUAAUGGUUUUCUAAUACACCCUUCCGGAAAGUGCGUCACCUUGGCUAUAGGACAUCGUUCUCGUGAUUGAGAUGUCGGGCUUUGACUAAUGUCGCAUACACGAAAACGAGGCUCUAUAGCCAAUGUGGCAUACUUUCCGGAAGGGUGUAUUACAGUAUAUGUAUCUUUUACUUGUGGCAUAAAAUUUGACCAAUUGCUUGCACAGGUACAGAAUAUAAGCUCCACUUCAAAUUAAAAUCCUGACUAAUCAUCUGAAUUCUUAAACAUAAAAGAUCAUAUUUGAUGUAAUCUAUACAGACCUGAUGACUUUGCUUUAGAUUGCAGAGUUUUCUUUUGGCUCAAGUUUCUAAGAGGGUCAAUAUUUUCUUCUUCACCUAAAUAAUACAGCGAGAAAGCAAAGAGUUGUUAAGCUUAAGGAAGCUAUCAUGCACUUAGGAUUUAACUUUGACUAAUGCGCACAGUGUUAUUUGAACAAGCCCAUUUGACCGACUUGCACACAUCAAAUCAAACUAUUUACUCCAAGCACUCCCUUUCUCCGUACCCACGCAGUAUACUUAAAUUGCUAUUUGCCAACUUGAACUUAGAAGAAUGAUUUCUUAAUGAGUUAAAUACUUGUAAGAAAGCACUGAGGAACUAUUUUAUCAGUGAAAAUUACCUUCAGUUUCUGCAUAAUCAAUACUUUUCCUCGACCUUUUAUUUGUACUCUCAGAGUCUGAGUCUGACGUAUCCACAUUUGAUGUCUCCUCAGCUAGCUUUGCUUGCCUUUGGGCCUUGUCGUAUUUAUCUGCAAAUAGAUGAUAUAAAUUUUCUUAACAUAUGUAAUGUAACCAGAUUUUGACAGAUCAAAAACAAUUUUUGAUCACUAGAGGGCUUCGAAUUCCCAUGAAACAGUUUAGAUAGUUAGAGUAGAACCCCACCAACUUGAACUCGCUUGGGAGUUCGAGUUGGUGGGGUUCUACUGUAUUGGAUAUUAUAACUGUACCUGUAUAUGAUAAAACGCGUAUUUUGUAAGCAGACCAACGCUGCUUAUCUGGCAACUCCAUUUUCUUAACACGCCCAGCAACAUUAGUUCGGGGAUAGUAACAAUACAUUGCCUAGGGAAAAUAUCAAUAGAAUCUAUUAUAAAGACUGUAUCUUAUCAUAACAAAUAUCAAUUAACUGUGAUUGGUUAAUUUUAGUGCAGUUAAUCCCAAAUAUCUGUGCCAAACAAAUAAUUGACAAUAUAUAAUUAUAACAGUCAAGCAAUAUUUUCUUGGAUGUUACUAAUAAGUAAUUCUGUAAUUGCAUGGUUUCUCGUGCAAUUUGGAUAAAACAAUUUAUCCAAAUUGUACAAGAGACCAUGCUUGUAACUAUACUAAUAUGCAUUAUAAAAUUCACUAUUCUUACACAACUUACACAAGUUAGGGUUUUCCAGCAACUAACAAACUCCAUCAGUUACUUUGCAAAUCAUUGUUGCCUAUGUUUCUUAUAUAACUCACAACAUAUGAAGGUGACAUGAUUUAUUCAUGCUUCUUCACAGUUCACAAUUGCUUUUCCUACUAUUUCUUUCAAAAUUAAUCCCUGCAUGUUAUCUUGAUUAUGAUUCAAUAAAUUUAGCAAAACAAAACUUACCCCUUCCCGCAUUUCAAUCCAAGACCCAGGAACAAUAUCAACAGAUUUCUCGUCAACAAAUUCAACAACAGCGAAAUUACUCAUCUAGACAAUCAUAACCAGCAAACCAUGAAGUUAAAUACCAUUAACAUAACAUUCUUUUCUUGGUAUCACAAGAGAUUGUUUAUCUCGUGCUUCAAUAUAAUGAACAUUAGUCCACUGCAUUCUUAGCAAACUGCUGCAAUUCUGUCAUAUGUAGCAACCAGUUUUAAGUUAAUUAGUCAGCGUUUGUCAUUGCAGUUCCAUUUGACACAUACUGCAUAUUGGACAUUUUCGGUCAAUGCAAACUUUCAAAUUAUUACUGGAUACUUUGUCUUAGAAAUAGUGAAAUCCUUAGUUUGAUUGCACAGAAUUUACAACUGAUGUAAAAUGGCCAUAAAGACCAAAGUGUUAUGUUCAAGUUCAACUGCAAUGGCCUGCUUUUUUAAAGUGCUAGCAGGCAGCAAUUUGAUGCAGGAAUUUUGUUCUUUAACUUUAUGUACUCCAAUUAAACGCGAGUCACAAGGUUUGAGAAACAUUGGUUCAGAUUGAUCGUAGACCCUGCAAGAAAACAUUCUUUCCUCGCACUGAAACUCGUGUGUUUCAUUAACAAUAACACAACAAGAAUUCUGAAGAAUGUAUCCAUUAUUUGGUGGCUUUACACUAAUAGCACAAGAACUGGUGUUUUGACAGAUAAUGAAUAAACAACUAAUGUCAUUAGUAGUAGGACUAAGAAGUUCAUUAUGAUCAUCUACAGCAAAGUCAAUCUCAUCUUGUCUUUCCACUCUUUGAAAUUUAGCAGGUGAAGAUUGUUCACAAAUAUCAACAGGUAGCCGUUUUGUAUUGUUGUUGUAUUUUGUGAGUAAACGACAAGCAGAAAUCCAUUUUCUUUUAUAUUCUUUUCGAUAUGAAUUUGUUGCCAUCUUUGUUUCUGAAAGUUAGAAACAAAACAACUGGAAAUUCCUAGAGUUGUUUAACACUGCUAUUGACUUUGCUUUAGUUGCACAUUCAAGCAUUUAGAAAUAAUGGCUCAGACUGUUUCAAAGCAUACUUCCAAUUUUAUUUAAAGCUUUCAAAUACUAAGGAGUACGUAUCACUCUAUAAUAAUAAAAAGCUACAGUGAUACUGGGCAUAUGUAUGUACAGUGUGUAUGUGUAUGUGUACAUGUAUUGUGGACUCCGUGCAGUAGCUAAACAGUUUCGUAAAUCCACAGUUUGGAAGUGGAGGACACAUGGAGAAGAAUUCAAUGCAUACAAUGCAUGUAUCAUGGUCAUAUAUAGAAAUUUCAUAACACAUAUAUACAUGUAUUUUAUUAGCAAAUAACCCUGGUAUGGCAUGUGCUAGAGCAUGUUGGAUGGCAGGAAACAUUUUAUCAAUGACAGCGCUGCAAACAGUGAAUAUAUUCUACAUUUCUGAAUGCUUUUUGCUACUUUUUGUGUCUCAAAGAUUCAACCUAGAGCUGCUCUCAAUUAAGCAGUUUUAUUCAGCUAUAAUUAACACACAUGUUGCCCACUUAGCCCACAAGCCCCACAUGUGUCAGCUUUUGUAUUGGGCCAAAAUGUGCUAGUUAAAAUAAAUCCCUUGUCUGAAUUGUGAUAACAUUAUUAUGAUAUAUAAAAAUUAUGUGAUAAACUUUGUCACAUUAUUGAAACCAGUGUUAGUCCAAUUUAUCCACUCUAUAGUCUAAUUUACUGUACCACUCUAUUAUAUAAUAAAAACUUCUAAAACACAUAUAUUUGAAGGGGUAAACCACUAUAGGAUGUGUGGUGAUUUAUUCAAUACGAUUAAUUAACAUUGAUAGUUAGUGGACAACAAUUAAUCAAAGGAGAAUAUGAACUGAUGGGAGCAGCUCUAAUCAACCUAUUUUGCCCACGCAACUCAAACAGUUGUGCCCAUGCUCAACAUUGAUUAGUCAAUUGGAAAAAACAACCACUCUGUACUGCGCUUUGUUUUGAUCGGUUAUUGUUAUAUUGACCAAUAACCAAAACAGCAUAUUAAGUAUAAACAGAGAGAAACACCAAACUCUGAAACUGCCCAUUGCUUUGGUUAGUAGGGGCAAACACUGUGCUUUGAUCAGCUACUGUCAUAUUGAGAGAAAAUGAAAAUAGUUCGUAAUAGUAUUGGGAGUCGUUUAACUAUUGACAAAAACCACUGAAAAGUUAUUUUGUAUUAUAAUUUACUUAAACUAAUAUUCAUUUUCUCACUAUUGAUUGGCUAAUUUUCCAAUCCUACAACUAACUGGUGAAAAUAAUACGUCAGCAUGCAAAUAACAGGAGCAAAUAGUUGACUGAGCAUGCACACUUUUGAAAUUAAUUCUCAAUUACAAAAUAUAGAUUUGCGCAUGUGCAUUUAAAACUCAAAUAAACACAAAAAUAAACAUGGCUCGGUUUGCUAAGCUUUCGGAAGACAAUUUGCAUCUUUGCUAGAUGGAAAAGAUGCAGAAAACACCAAAAAAACAACCUAAGGUGCUUGAAUGGAAAACAAUUGGAUGAAGCCAAGUUAGUGGCCUCAGAAGUUAAUCUUUUGGCUGUACUGGGCAAGUUUUACGUUGAAGCCAGGAAAGAAUUUUGCAAAUAAUAAAGCAAAUGAUAAAACAAUUAUUGAACUCCGUUAUAGCAAAAUAUUGUGAUUAUUAGAUUAUACUAUUGUUGUUGAUAUAUUUUAUAAUGAUCACAACUAUAAUUAGAUUGUUGCCGUUGUGUGAAAUUUAAAUUUCUUCUGCGACAUUUUGAUUGGAUACUAAAUAUAAACUUUGCUGUGGGUGGAAAAAAAUAAAGACUGCAAAAAUUAGCUUUGAGGAUUAUCUAUGCCAAACCGAAACUAACAUCUUCUGGGCCACUAUUUAUAACUGCUGGAGUACUACCUAUACAGCAAAGAAUCAUGCUACGAACGGCGAUAAUGGUAUACAAAUCUUUGAAUAAUUUGGGUAAUUACUGAGUUUCAAACAUUUUUCUGAUUAUAAUUGGUUGAAUUGGUUUUCAAGAAAAUCUUUUUUUUCCUGUUUAUCGAUUACCCGCCCGGCAUGAUAUUAUCAAUGUAUGUAUGGUAAGUAUCAAAUGCAUACUUGGCCAACCGAUACUAAUUGGUUAAUGACAAAAUCAACUGAUAUUGGUGCUCACUGCUGUUGAUAGCCUGACAAGGUGACUGGUCAGCAUGUUUCGCCGGUUCCCAGCUCACAUAUUGUUUUUAUAUUUUUUCGAGGUUGUAUUCAAAUUCAUUGUUGGGCUCAUACAGUAUGAAAUCUAUAACUGGGCUGGGAAUCACAUGUUACAAUAAUGUGUGCUUUAUAUAUAUACGAGAUACAUGACACAUGUAUCAUUGAGUAUUGACAACACUGGAAGAUAAAACCUGUAUCUUCAACUAGAGGUUGUGUAUAAUAAAUGUCUUGUCUAUUAUAUUAGAAUAAAUGAAAAUGUGAUCAUAUUAUAUUAGAAUAAAUGAAAUGUGAUCAUAUCUUUGCAUGUAUUAAUUAAUAAAGAUAUCAUUUAAUAUAUAGUUGACUUCACAUGUUUCUAAAUACUGUUGGGUUUUUCAUCGAACAAAUACUGUUGAACUGGCUUAUUAACUAACACUAGCUAACACAACGAAACACAAAACAUAUUGUAGCCCGAAUGUGAGACGCCAAAAGUGGCAAAAACAUUCCGAAAUGUAGAUUGUAGAAUCAUACACAUGCACUGCAGCGCGUUGCCUAUGGUCGAAAAGCGUCCAGUUGCUAUAAAAUACAUAUUUAUCCCACAGAGAUGCAACCCCCAGAGGCUCUUAUAAAUGCCUGCUAAUGAGGACAUCCUCAAUAAAACACUAUGACAAAUUCGUAUAGAGACAAUCAUAAAUACCGACGGGAGAGUCGGGAAUACACUUGAUGACAAAGAUCAAUAAUAAACAUAAUUUAGCCGCAAUUAACGAAAACAUGACAAUACAAAGACAAUAAUAUGAUAAUAAAGUAAUAGUUGACUUACUUUCAAGUGUGGAUUGAUAAUUCCAACAACAGGAUUAAUACGGAUUCAAUAUUAUAGAACAGCUCUAGACCAGAAUACCAGAUUGGACAAUCGGAGAGAAACAGAGAACAGGAAGCCCUUUCAUGUUGUCACGUUGCGUCAUACGCGCGAUGAAAGGGGGGGGGGAGAUCGAAAUUGCAGGGGCAUGUGGGCAGUGAACUCAAUAUAAUUAACUGGAACAAUAACAUGCGAAGGGAAAUAAUAAAAGUGCCAUCACAAUAAAAUAGCAUGAUUGUUUAAUUUCACAACAGUUCAGUUUGAAAUAGAUAAACAAACUCUAAAUAAAGAUACUAUUCAGUUAGAAUUAUCCGAUAACUUAUACUACCACAUAUUUUUAUGACUCUUACAAACUCUGGCUUUUAAUUAAUUAACCUUUCACGAUAGACACAAUAUAACAACAAUACAAGCCAAUCAAAACAAGCCAAUCUAUAGAUCUUUUCGCUCCUCCCCACAAAAUUAUCAAUGCGUUUUUAGUACAAUUCACGCUUAACGUGCAUAUGAAAAUUAAGCCGUUUUAUUAAAAUAUUUUCUCAAUGGCAUAUUGUCAGAAUCAGAACAUUGGGUUGUCAGGUAUUUAGCUAAAGGCCGGCACACACUAGACACUAGAGCUAUAUAUGUGCUUAGCAAAAUGUCACACGUGCCCAAUGGCAUAAGGAGAUAGCUCUCGUGUGCGGGCGAUUAAGUGGCACGAAUGACAAAAGUCGUUUGUAAAUCGCCCGCACACGAGAGCUAUCUCCUUACGCCAUUGGGCACGUGUGACAUUUUGCUAAGCACAUAUAUAUAGCUCUAGUGUGCACCGGGCUUAAGAGUUCAAUUAUCAAUUUGCCAAGCUUAAAUUGCCGUGUUUUAGAAACUUCCGACGUUAUAGAAAUUGUAUAAUCACGCAAUGUUGUUUGUCAGUGUUGUAAACGAUACACUGCAAAUUGUUGACACAAAAACAACGUUAAAUAAUUGUGUAGUUAUUUGAAAAUGACGUAGCAAAACACAGAAUGUUGCUUCGCCGUUAAAAAAUGACGUGGAAUAUACCAACAUUCCCACAACGUCUUGGCAACGUUGUGUAAUGGUGAAAAAAUGAUGUUGUAUACCAACAUUCCCACAACGUCUUGGCAACGUUGUGUAAUGGUGAAAAAAUGACGUUGUAUACGAACGUUCUCACUACGUUGUUACAACGUCGUGUUCAGGCGUUAAAAAUGACGUUGUAUACAAACGUCUACAAAACGUUCUCACAACGUUUGCAAAUAAUACUCUGCGAUGUGAAUGUAGUAUAGACGUUGUCACAAGGUUAGGUCCGACCUGACCAAAAUACAACCUUUAAAUAACGUUGCGACAACGUUAUGUGUUAGCUGGGCAGGCAUGUUUUCAUUGUCAGAUACAUUUUUUAUAGUGCAUGUACUUGAUUCAAUUUUUUUUUUGUGGGCCAAAGCUAGGAUCUGAUCGAGGCAGUAUAACAUAUAGCCAUAUUGACGAAUCAACAUGUUGUCCCCUUAAUUUAUAUCCUCCACCUGGGUAUCCCAGUGGCCAUUGUCCAAUGGCAAGUGAAUUUUUAUAUCCAAGGCAACUAAUUUUCCUGUCCUACCUGCCCCGAGAGUGAGAGCUGGCAAGUGGUAAAAAUAGUGAAGUUACACCACUGUUAUAUAUAUGAAUAAAUAUUACAAACGUAUGAAAAUAGCAGUUGAUAUAUGUCAAUAAAUUCUCUCAAAUCAUGUUUAGCUGAGGCAUGCCUAUGUAGGCAUAUGAGGAUUGAGUAGAUGCCAAUAGACAAUUCCCAUUAUAGACUAAUUUUCAAACUAGGCAAGGAGAUGCAAAUAAAUCACCACAGCUAGCAAGAGCAUACUAAAAUUGGUUAAAGUACACGAUUUGGUUGCAAAAUGUUGUAAAAUGUGGAAAAUAUAGCCUUGCAAAGUUUGCAAAUUUUGUAUACUUUUGUAUUGCGUGCGACCAUUUUCGGCCUAAAUGUGGUAGGAAUGUGGUAGGAAUUUCCGCAAGCAAUACAAAAGUAUACAAAAUUUGCGAACUUUGCAAGGCUAUAUUUUCCUCAUUUUACAACAUUUCGCAACCAAACUUUGUCAUUUUACUAAUUUUAGUAUGCUCUUUCUAGCUGUGCUGAUUUAUUUGGGUUUCCUUGCCUAAUUUUAAAAUUAGUCUAUAAUGGGGAUUGUCUAUUAAGCUACAUUAUUCUAUACAAGGAUCACUGUAUAAAUUAAUACAAUCUGUCAUAUACACAGCUAUACUAUUUGGCAUUACAACUGUGUCAAAUGUUAUCGUAAUAAUGCAAAUAUUGUCGCGGCAAAUUCAAAUAUGUUUAAGCCAGGUCACAUGCUCAAAAUUCAGGAAUGAUGAUGGUAAAUAUUUCGUUUCAAAAUUGCUCUAUUAUAUAGAAAACAUAACAAUAUUCUUACCUGUAUGUUACUCAGUCAUUCCUGGUAUUCCAUCUUCGUUAAAAUACAUUAUUUCCAUUUAAAAUAUUCAUCUUUCACGCUGAUAAAUGAACUCAAAUUGAAAAUUUCAAAAAUAUGGCGGUCUGAUUGAAUGACGCUAUCCCAGAAAGCUUUGCGCAUGUUGUAGGAAAAUUAGGCACCAGGCUGUCAAACCGCGCUCAUCGUGCGAAUUUAAUUAAUUCGUGCCAAAUUAUAAACGUAAGUAGGUCAAAAUUGGGGGGAAUAACUUUAAAAAGAAGGCAUAUGCAAUAUUUUAGUUGAAAAUAAAAUAAUUAUGUAAAAGUAAUGAGGAAUUUUAACAUAAUAGGAAAUGUUUUUUCGUCGACCCCUCUCCCCCCCCCCAAUUAACAACAAUUUUGGGAAAGUUUACAUGGACAUUUUUCAUUAUGGUCAGAGAAAACUCAGGAAAUUUUGACCAGUUAAAUAAAUAUAAUAUUUUGACCAAUUAAUAUUAAAUGUCAAAAAAAAAAUUUAAUUGCGACCUAAAAAAGUGGUUGUUUCAACCAAUCAGUUUUUACAGCGAGGUAACUGGAUUAUGUAUGAUCCUCUAUAUAGAAUAACUAUAGUUCUCAUAGAAAUAUAUUGUAUAUUGGUAAAACCAUAGUUUUAUUAAAAUUAUAGUGUAUUGGAAAAGAACUAUAGUUUUCAUAAAACUAUAGUGUAUUAGUAAAGAACUAUAGUUUUUUAUAAAAAUAUAGUGUAUUGGUAAAGAACUAUAGUUUUCAUAGCUAGCUAGAACUAUAUUGUAUUGGUAAAAACCAUAGUUUGCAUGUCAUAAAACUAUUAAUAGUGUAUUGGUAAAGAACUAUAGUUUUCAUAAAACUAUAGUGUAUUGGUAAAGGACUAUAGUUUUCAUAAAACUAUAGUGUAUUCGUAAUUAAAGAACUAUAGUUUUCAUUAAACUAUAGUUCUUCAAUACACUAUAGUUUUAUGAAAACUAUAGUUCUUUAAAAGAACUAUAGUUUUCAUAAAACUAUAGACAUAGUGUAUUGGUAAAGAACUAUAGUUUUCAUAAAACUAUAGUGUAUUGGUAAAGACCGACUAUAGUUUUCAUAAAACUAUAGUGUAUUCGUAAAGAACAAUAGUUUUCAUUAAACUAUCAGUAUGUUGGUAAAGAACUAUAGUUUUCAUAAAAUUAUAGUGUAUUGGUAAAGAACUAUAGUUUUCAUAAAACUAUAGUCCUUUAGUUAUGAAACUAAAAUAUAUGCUAGUGGUAAAACUAUAGUUGUCUAAACUCAACUAUAGUUUUCAAAAAACUAUAGUUCCAUUGGGUUAUAAAACUAUAGUUUAUUGGAAAAAAACUACAGUUAUUUUGAAGUUAACUAUAGUUUUUUUUUGGAAACUAUAGUAUUCCACCAAAAACUAUAGUUUUUCACCAAAAACUAUAGUUUUUCUCCAAAAAACAAUAGUUUUUGGUGAAAAAUUAUAGUUUAUUUUUGUAAGGGGAAUUAUUGAUAUAAAAAUUAAAGGAGGAGCUUUUUCGAUUCUAUUUUGUACUGUUGAAAAUCACAAUACAUUUCAUGAUUCAAUGAUUGUAUUAGCUUUAUUGCUGCAAUAGACCAAUAUAUAAAUACUUGGCUUGAAUUUAUUAUGGCUUUGCUGUUAUUAAAUGGUAAAGCUCCCAACAUUCCAACCCUUGCCAAACAACCUGAACUUGUGAGGGUUGGAGCUAUGAUGACAUCUGGAAUGAUCCAGGCCAGUUUAUGUGUGCCUGGUUUGCAGGGCUGACCCUGUUUGAAAGGUCUUGUACAGAUGAAAAUUAUUGAGUAGAAAUUUAUAUACAUUUAUUAAAUAUCCUUCUAUACAAGACCCUUCAACUAUUUUUGAAUUGAGUGGGAAGCCAGGUUCCCGGGAGCACAACCUGGAGACAAAAAUUUCCUUUAUUAGUAUUGGAGUAUUUUUGUGCUAAAUCUGCAUGUGCAUAAACAUAUAGUGUUCUAGCUGACCAUGGUUUUAAAUUCAAGGAAUAAUGUCUGUCAACCAUAUGUUGUUGCACCCAUAGUGGGACAUGGGUGUUAAGGUUUCCUUCAAAUGUUAAUCAAUAGCAAAUCUUCAUUCAAACAAAUUUCCUGCAGCUGUUUAACAUUUACUGCGCACAAGCAGUGCUCGCCUAUUUUUUCCACCCCUGUAUAUAUUGGUUACAGCAAGCGCUGCACCGGAAUUGCAGGGCAGGUUGGAUUUCUGCCAGCAAUCAGCAGUUGCAUUUUGAUUUUUCACGACUUUUCCCGGUUAGGUAUAAUAAAUGCAUAUAAACUUCUACUUGAUAAUUUCCAUCUAUACAAGACCCUUCAACUAUUAUUCAAUUCUGUAUAACCUGUCUUCCUAAGCUGUUCUUGUUGAUCAAGUUUUUAAAUAAACAUUUUCCUGUACACAGUAGCAUGAAUUCAGGUCUUUUUUUCAUGACUUUGACUCCUUUGUCUGUUGAUUUUUUUUUAAAAAUAAACUAAGAUAUUAUUUGUGCACUAUGUGUGCUGUACGUAACUUUAUUAAAUGCAAGUUAAUGACAAAAAAAUCAAGCAUGCAUUAAUUAAAGUUGGACUAUUAACCCCAAAUAGAAUUUUUGGUUUGUGUGAUAUUUGGGUCAAAAUUCUAAUAAGAAAUGUAAUGUAUCUUUAUAGUAAAAAUUCACCUAAUGACAUCAUAUCUGGAAACUUUGACAGUGAAAAGGUCGACGAAGAAGGGAUUUUUUAUUAUAGAGAUAACAUUUCUUCGAACGAACGACACAUAUAUUGCACAUACAGUACCAAAAAUCAUAUUUGUGGUUAGUCAGACUUUAAAAUUAUAUUUCUCAUUUUCCAAAUAUUCAUAUCCUUUGAAGUCAUCAUCUUUCCCCAUUAAAAACUGCAGAUAGUUUGAUAAACAGAACACAAUGGUAUUAUUUCAUCUUUUUUACAACCAUGAGCUAAUCUGGUGAAUGACAUGCAUGCCACUGAUAUAAAGACCUAAAAGUAGAGAUAUAAUUAUACCUUAUACUUUAAUAAUAUAUUCUUUAAUCUUUAAUCAAGUGAAGAUGAGGCAAACCAGUGAUCUGUUAUACAGCUUACUCAAGAGUCAAGACACAGUAAUCUGUGCAGCUCAAGCAGAGCUUUGCCUUGACGUUAGCAAGGUGCAUUAACCUAUUCCUAUAAUAAACAGAAACUUUGCAUGGUCCUAUUAAACUGAAUAUGUCCAAAGUUUAUAAAUAUAUCAAGUUAAGAUAUUAAACUGAAUAUGUCCAAAGUUUAUAAAUAUAUCAAGUUAAGACCUCAAAAAUUACUUCUCCUUUGAAUCAGCUUAUACCACAUGUUUGUACAAUAAAGCUUUUCAAAUGAUCAGAUCAAAAGCAAUUGAGGCAAACAGAAUCAAUUCCUGCAUAUUUUGUGAAUGGCAAAUCAAACUGGUUAUCCCUUGUCUAUAUCAAAUUUUAUAGUAUUUUUCGAUAGUUAAGCUAUAAUAGUAUUGAAUCUAAAAUACACAAUUUUUCGUUUGUUUACUUGCAGUCGCAGAAUAUUAAUUGCCAAAUGCGACUAUCACACGAUAUUUACAAAUGGAAACUAUUUGAUUCACUUACCGAGAACUAACAUGAUUAUGCCCGUUCCAUCUAUAAAUAAUUUCUUUACAUCCCUGUUAUAUUCUUCUACAAUCUUGGCCAAAAGUUCGUAGAACGACAAAACAAAUUCGCAACUGUUUAAUAUACUUGGGUUUUAAAAUCAUUUUGCACCUCCCCCCGCUCACCCCAUUCAAUGUUGCUCUCCCACAUUUCUAGUACACGUACAAUUUUGUUGUACAGUAGGUCAGAUCAUAAAUAUACACGAAACAGCAACAUUGAAUGGGGGGAGGCCUUAAAAAUUUAUCAUCGUCCUACGGUUUAUGGCCAAGAUUGUCUGAAAAUUGCUACAUGUUCAUAUUCACGAAAAAUGCAUUUAACCUUGUACAAGACACUUGUGCUAAUUUAUUCUGCAUAAAAAUAUCAAAUAUGAUUGCAUCAGUGUGUUGGCGCAUAUUAUUUACGUCUUUAGUUAAGGUGGCUCUGCUAAGCUGCUCAAGUUAUAUUUGCUUUCAGGUUACAUAUAAGACAACCUUAAGCCCCGUUUACACGGGUCUUAAGCCCUGUUUACACAACAAGAAUUUUGGGCACGGCACUCUUAAAUUUAGGCACGCGUGCUACUAUUUUUAAUCGGCCCGCUUCGUUUACACGACAAAUUUUAAGCGGGCCUAUUCUCAAGUAAGCACCCCUGAUCACAAAGAAAAGGUCCUCUUAAAUUGCGAGCCCGAAUGAAACAGUGUUAGCGGCUAUAAACGCAAAUAUCAACUUUCGCGGGUUUUUUUUCGAACAUGGCGAACAGACAGAAAUCAUGAAGCGAAAGUUAAAAUGGCUUUUGCUUGGUGUAUGUACCUAAAGAAACGAAGACAUGCAGUUCGAAUGAUGUACAAAGACAACAUUUUACCACAAAUACCGUUUCAUAAAAUUAACAAAUGCCUAUCAGUUGCAUUCUUUGAAACUGUACUAGCGUAUUUGCAUCGGUCACAAGAAAGAAUUUUGUGGAUGCACCCACGUUCGCUUAUUUGGUUUGACAUGGUCGAUCAGACAUACAACGACGAGUUGUGGUAUGACCCUAUUUCUGCAAAAUGACGGCUGGCGCUAACAUUAUGUUAUUUAGCCUCCACGGCUGAGUAUAGGACUGUUGCAAAUCUGUUCGGUGUAUCGAGAUCUCUUACAUGCCAGUGUGUCAAAGAAGUGUGCUGCGCAAUCGUAAAGCGCUUUCCAAGGAUGAUCUCCUUCCCUAAGGGAGACAACCUCGUUGAAGUUCUUGAAAGCUACGAACAAAAAUGGGGGUUCCCGGUGUGUGCUGGCGCAAUAGAUGGCACGCACAUACCAAUACUUGCACCAGUUGAAAGCCAUGUAGAAUAUGUGAACCGUAAAGGUUUUCAUAGUAUUAUCAUGCAAGCAGUCACCGAUUGCAAUUAUCUAUUUUGAGAUGUGGUCAUUGGAUGGCCUGGAAGCGUCCAUGAUGCGCGAGUUCUCUCCAACUCUGCAAUUUUCAAAAAUGGAAAUGAAAAACACCUUUUUCCUGCUCGUCUCGUUAAGGAAAUUGGAGGAGUCGAAAUAGCACCUUUUCUUGUGGGCGAUCCUGCUUACCCUCUAUUGCCAUGGUUGCUGAAGGGAUAUCCCAGAAACAAUGCUUCAGAAAUGGAAAAAAGGUUUAACUACAACCUUAGCCGAGCAAGAAUGACGAUCGAAAACACGUUUGGAAGAUGGAAGGGAAGAUUUGUCAGGUUUGGUAAGCGAGUAGAUAUGGAAGUAUCCUCUCUAGUUAACGUUGUACACGCAUCGUGUAUUUUACAUAAUAUGUGUGAACUUCAGAAAAACAACUUUCUGCCUGACUGGGAGGUGGUGGGGGCUAUUGAAGAAUUGAAUGAGCCAGAAGAUGAGAUUGAGGUGGCACAAGAUGCUGACAAUAUCCGCAGUGUUCUGACAGAGCACUUUGCUUGAGAACAAAACAUUUUAAAAUUUUAUUGAUACUUAUGCUAGAGCAUGAGCUCUAGCUAUACAACAGGGUGCGAUAAUUCAAUAUUUUUAGCCGUACCUGACUGGUACUCCGACAACUUUUGCCGCGUACCUGGUCUGGUACAAACUUAAGAGUCAAGACGUACCUAAGACUGCUUCCGAGUCAUGCGUUUUUAUACCUACGUAUAGUUUACUGGUCCAAAAGCAAAAAAUGUAUGGGCAAUUUGUACAAACGAAUCUUUAAUUAUGGUAUUUGUACAACAUAAUAUAACAGUUUUGAAAGCGUCGAUGUUGUGACUCGAAUGCCAUCGCUCAUUUACAGUGGAUUUACCAAAGGUGCUAACAAUCUGACCACAGCUACAUACAGUGUAGUUUUCCUCACUGGGCCUAAAAAAACCCUGUGGUUCCGGUUUCAUAUCGCGCAAAAAAUUAGGGUAGGUAGGUCAGAAAUAAAAAUUUUUUGAAUAUUUUUUUCAUAGUUUUGGCGGUUUUUUGCUGGGCGAUUUUCAGUAGAGUCCCGAGCAUUGACAAUUAAGCCCAGGUCACCCCCACACAAUGAUAAUGAUAUGAUAACUUGUAAACACGCGAUGAUUGGUAAAAAAAUUAUGUUGGUGUUCACACUACAAUGAAAACGAUAAAAUUAUCGUUUGACGAUAACGAUUUUAAAAUCGCUCACCCGAGCGAUUUUUUUUUCAGUCGGACGAUGACGAUAAAUUUUUUGAUCAAGCGCAAAGAUAAUUGCGGGAACCACUGAGUAUUUUCAUAAAAUACAAUACAACGGUAACUCAGAAUAAAGUAAGCAUUUUGAUUCAACGUUUCGACUUUAUUUAGUCAUCAUCAGGAAUGGUUAUAUUACAAGUGCAUGUGUUAUAUAUACUCUACAUAAUUUGAUAUAUAAUUAAAAGAAAACCGAUAGUUCUCUGGAUGCUUUAGUCCCAUGAUUCAGUUCCGGUUUUUGUCGAUGAUAACCCUUUUGGCUUUUUUCAUCCCAAAAUAUGUCGGAUGCGUGGAAUUUACAUGUACAGCUAAAGUUCUUCACGGUUUUGAAUAUUUUGGCAGGUUUGCUAGUUAUUGCUAGAAGGAAAAUGUAAGUACGCGCGAAUAGCAAAUUUCCGCAUACCUACGUGGUACUAGCCUAAAAACAAAGAAGUACCAGACCAUAAAUUUGGCGUUGGUACGCGAAUUAUCGCACCCGGUACAAUCAGAUAUGAACGAGAACUGUUACAUACACCACACUAAACUGUGAACAACAUUGUAAUUCGAAUGAAAUUCCCAGUAUACUAGAGAUUAGCAAUAGAAAAUGUUUGAAAGAAACAUUUUCAAGAUAAGAACUUUUCUAUAGGUUUUUUUAACUAUAUCUUAUCUAUAUCUUUUCUAUAGGUCGUUCUUGAUAAUAGUAAUCUUUAAGAUAUUUUAGAAAUUUAGAUAAAAACAUUUAACAUUCUCUCAUCUUCAAUUACACAACCGUCCACAGCUUGGGUGAUCUAAUAAAAGGUAGAAAGCUUACGGAAAUAUCUAAAUUAUUGCCAAUCUCUUUUAACUCAAAGUUUAACAAACAUUCGACUCAUGUUCUACUUAUUGUAAAUAAAUAAAAACAAGUGCAUAUUAAUGCAAUAAUUUUUUCAACAAUUUAAACCAUUUUCAAUGUUUCUUUAACCUUAACAAAAGUGUUCUUUGACUUGAUUGUUACAACUUGAAAUAAGUUGCACAAUCAUGGGUUGGGUAUUUGUUUAAGCUGUGAUCACUGCUAUCACUUGAGUGUGAAUUGAAUGGGGUACUGUAGCCAAUGGGAUUAUUGAAUACUUGAUAACCUGUUGUCACAGCAGAAGAUUGUUGUGGUGACAAUAUCAUACGUAGCAUGUUAAGCUCAUGCAUUCUCUCUUCCUUCCUUCGCUCAUUUUCCAACUUUAAUUGCUCCAAUCUAAAUUUGUGUUCCAAUUUGGCUCGGUCAUCUUCGAGUUUCUGAUAUCUAAAAGCCCAAAAAGACUUAUAGUGAUGGCAUAAAUGAGAGGGGGGGGGCAAGGGUAUUUUCAUGACUUGUGUUUCGUGAUUUAAAGAAAUACCAUUCCAUGAAUCGUGAUUAAUAUGCGUGCCGUGAAUCGUGAAGAGCUAAAAGGCUAGCUAUGGUCUUUAAUUUACAAAUAUUUUACCCUAACUUGCGAAUGUUUACGUUUAAAACUCGGCCCAAAUGUAAUAUUAUGAGGAAAAAUUUAUAAAUUUGCUUCCUGCGGUUGUCUUUGUUCUUCAGGUUUCUUCAUUUCAUCGGUAAACGUCGUUAACAUAUACCUUCGUACCUCUUCAUAAACUUUGUGAACCAUCGUACGAUGCUCGUAAUGCCUCGCAAUAUUUCCAUUGUCCUUUAAACGGCUCUAAUGUUAAAGUCAGUAUGUGUGUUAAAUGGUUUCAGACUUUGUUACACUUCUGUGUUUCUAAAAAUCGUGAAAAUGAAAUUUUGUUUUUCGUGACUUGUGAAAUCGAAAAAUGGUCUUCGUGAUUUCGUGACAAGACCCCCCCCCUUGCCCCCUCAAAUGACAGUUUCUAGAUCCUUCUUGCUCAUUUGUGUUUACUCAAUUUUGAGGUUUUGCACUGCAUACAUAUAACAUAUAGGCAUACCGAAAUUUAGUUCUACCUUUCAAAUUCACUUGCUGAUGAUUCCUUAAAUUUCUCAAAGACAAUUUCCAGAGAUUUUUCAACAUUGCUUUUCUUUUUUUUGUUCAUGGGCAUUUUUAACUCUUUUUCCUGGUUCAAUCUUCUCUUCAUGCAUGACAUUUUCUCACUUGAUAUUUUCUUGUUUGAUGUUUUCUCUUUGUGACUGCAUCAGUUACUUUCUUUACAUGUAGAUGAAUCGUCAUCAUUUCCACUGUUAUCUUUAUCAUCUCCUUUAAAAACAUGAACAUACAUACAGUGGAGGCGGGAGGGUUUUUACUCGUUGACAGGCAAAAUCAUCUGGGAUUAGACAUUGUAAAUAAACCUGACAUUAUAUUAAAAAAGUAAAGUAGGGAGAUUACAUCUUAAAGGGUUAACUUACUACAAAUUUUGGUUGCCUGUUUGUCACUCUUUGAUACACAAUUUGGGCAACAAAAUUCAUCCUCUGAAAACACACUAACUGAUCCACCUUCGGAUAUAUGAACUCCAGACGAUCUUAUUUCUUGCUCAUAAUCACAGGUUGGACACUUAAAAAGACUAGUUUCUCCUGCACCAUACUUUCCAACCAUAUUAUCAACUAGAAAUAUAGAAAACUUAUAAGUCUGAUUAUAUUGUAUUACAAUGUUGAUUGUUGAAUGACUUUGGGGAAUGCUGAUGUAAAAACUAGGUCCACACAAUACAUAUUAAUCUCAUUUUAUGUAUUUGGUAGUAUAAAUUACUACACACAUGUACAGUAUACUAGAUAAUAUGUAUAAAAAAUGUGACCAAAAAAACUCUUUAAGAAAAAUUAGUGCUGAAAUAAAGUAUAUAAUAAUUGGAAAAGCAUACUUAUUAUGCAAAUUGUUUCAAUAAUAUAACCUGUCACUUUUGGUUUAUUAAAAUAUACUAUAUACUAUCACUAAGUAAUAUACUAUUGUGCAUAAUGUACCUUCGCUUGAACUGUUAUCUCCUGACUCACUUGGUUGCUUGUCAUCAACCUCAUGCACAUGUAGUUCAUCACUGGCCAUUGUGUCAACAACUACCGGUGGAUUGACAUUGUGUCGCUGGGUCAAAAAACUGUCAAUUUCAUCAAAAAACUUCCAUUUUUUCGAUGCGGCAUUUCCUGUUUGCUUUGACCUAUCUUUUUCUUCUUUGUACUUCUUCUGCCUUAACUUUUUUAGUGUGUUGAUCAGUUCUUUCAGGGUGAAAUCUUCGUAUCCUUUUGCUUUCAGCCGAGACUGUGAAUUAGGGAAAUAAUUUAACUAUAUUACUUUAUUAUAUCUAAGUUCAUUAAAAAAUAAUGAAAACUGGUUGCCAAUGUAGGUAGUGGAAGACAAAAGAAGGAAGUACAUGUGGAAGAUACAAAAUGCAAAAAUUGUGGCUCUGGGUCGUGGCCAAACAAGAUGGACCAGAGGCAAGUUUUCAAUAUCAAUCGCCAGUUUUUAAAAUCAUUAAUUAAAAUGUAAAAGAAUAAAAAAUCAGCCACUUGCAACAAUACUAAACCUAAUACUCUCUCCCCACAUCUAACCCUAACCCCCACACUAACCCUAAUACUAAUGGAAAUUCUUAUUUCAAUUUUGGAAUCAUCUUGUAAACUACCUCUCGUCCAUCCCUUUUAGAGAUAACCCUCUAAGCAACUACUCACUGGAUACCGGACAUUCGAAAUUUCCAGUGUCAGUGGGCCCUUCCUCGUUUGUAUCCAUUCAAUGUUUUAAUAAAUCAGCAUGAAUUAUCAUUGACAAAACACAGUGGUAUGAUUAAUGUGGACAGACUAACUAUGGAUAUUUAUAUUCAUGAAUUAUUAAUAUGACUAGAAACAAUAUUAAAAAUACUAUGAGUAUUGAGUAUACACUAUACAUAUUCAUGAUUGAUUGCCAAUCCAGAACUGCACAUUUGGGACAAAUUCUAAACUUUAAAUGACUCACCAGUAGUAUGUUAUACACAACAGAAGUAGCCCGAGAUGUCUUACAAGAAUCCAACGAUAUCUGAAUUGUUUCUUCCGCCCAUAACUGGAUUAAACAUCGAGUAGCGUCGUCUGACCACUGUUUUCCUCUUGUUUUAGCCGCCAUCUUGCGUUGUUAUCUCGUGAGAAUGCGCAUGCGUAAUUAAUUUUGGGUAUGUGUGCCGUGUUUUUGGCGGGCCGAGACUACGUCUGGAGAUGAUCUCGGCCCGCCAAAACUUUUCGGCACGCGGACCUGUCAUGUUACAGUUUACACGACAAAAAUUUGGAGUGCCGUGCCAAAUUUACAGGCCCGCAUGCCUAAAUUUAAGAGUGCUGUGCCCAAAAUUCUUGUUGUGUAAACGGGGCUUUAGUCUAUUAGAAAUUGUACAUUUUCGCUUUUUUAUAAAUAAGACCAUACUCCUAUGAAAUAUCUGUUUUGAAAUUUACAAAAUUUCAGUUAUUCUUAAAAGAAGGCAAUCUAUACGAUAUUAGAUUGAAAUUAAGCCAAUGUGUUUAGAUAAUUGAGAAUUAUUUGCACAAGUAAUGUAAACAAGAGAAAUUUUCUACUUCAUUUUACAUAACAAAGCGUAAUUGCAAGAGCUUAUUGCGAUAUUAUAAUGUGCUGCAAAUCAAUAUGUAAUUGUUAUACGUGCGGGCCGCCGGGUUUUCUGUAUCGUGACACUCAGUACUCAGUGACAUUGUACUCAAUGAAACAAGAGCUAAGCGAACAUAUAUGAAUUUGCACAAGUAAUGUACACAAGAGAAAUCUUCUACUUUAUUUUACAUAAAGAGUAAUUGCAAGAGCUUAUUGCGAUAUAUUUUGCGCAAUCGUAUAUGAACUUUUGUCAGUACUGGAAGAAGAAUUUGAGCUAAAUAAACAGAAUUUUCUUGCCAAAAUUAUCAUUUUAGUAAGUUAUAGCGGCAAUUUGUAAUAUAAUUUAUAGUGUUUGUUUAUGCUUGCGUUCCUGAGUCCCAGGCCCCCAAGCAAAAUUUAGUACAACGGAUUUUUUUCAAAAAAUGUCAAAAUUGCCAUGUUUGAGGGCCUAUAUCUCAGAAACUAUUGACCUAAAUCAAAAAAGGUUGAAGAACUUGUUAAAUAACUUUUUGCGCUCUUUUCAAAUCCGUAAAGAUCCCACAAGUGAUAUAGGCACUAUAAAUGAAGCGUUCAAAAUAUGAGUAACAUGCUCUGCUAAGAUCUCAGCAUAUUCCUUUAGUAACCACUUUGAAAUCCUGUCUGGUCCGCAAGUUUUAUGUUUGUUUAGAUGUGUUAAGGAUUUGUAAACUCGAUAAACAGGAAGUUGUAGGAUGUCGGAAUCAUUUUUUUAGGUACGCAUACUACAAUAUGGUGAAGUGAGUGGAAAGCUUGAAGAGGUUCUAAAAAUGCAGCAUUUAAUUUAUUUGCAAUGUCCCUGUGUGGCGUAUCUUGUAGCUCUGGAAUUGCCUGUAGUUUAUUUAGUAGGUCACCGAGUCUGUCUUUGUCGCUUUGGGGAUUUUGCAUUUCAGAUCUUCAACUUUAGAUGAAUAAAACUUUGCUUUGCUAGUUUUCCUUUCUCUAUUCACUUUGUUCCUCAAAGUUUUAUAUCACUACCUUCUUUGUUUGAGUGGAAAGCUAGCUGUCGUAAACAUACAAGUUCCUUAAGCUUUAUUAGUCAUCUUUAGGAUAAACUUUGAUAGACUUUAUAGGCAUGUUGUUCAUUCCUAUUUUUACUGUUUCAUCAAAAACUGAUAACAUACAUUUGCAAUCCCUUUGGUUCAUCAGUAAGGACCAAUUCAAAUUGGCAAAGUAUUGAGCAAGAGAAUUUUUUGCUCUGUCUUUUGUCUCGGAUAAAGAUUUGUUUUCUUGUGGACAUGUGUUCUUUUGGAUUCAACAACACAGUGCUAUGAUUAGAGUAAGGAUUAAAUCGAGAGUGGCUUGGCCCCUUGUAGGCGAUUUGACUAACUGCUUUAAAUUGAAAUGACGUUGCAGACUACCUACAUUAAGAUGGUUAAAGUCUCCUGCAACAAUAAGUCCGCAAUUGGGGAAUGUUGACUCUGCUGCAGAUUAACUUUAGAAAAGGUGGUUCGUAAUUAAUUGGGAGUCCACCCCUGGUGGAUGGUAAACCACAGUGACAAAUAAACAUGAAUAACCCCGAGGUAGUCGUUUUGUAUUAAGCUUUAACCAAAAAAUUUUGUGAUCUUGACAGCAGUUAUGAUUCUCAGGUACUUCAUACAUAAUACCGUCUCUGAGGUAUAUACAAACUCCACUUUAUCUUUCCAGUGAAGGUUAUAACCGUCUAUAUGUGCAAUGGAAUUCACUAAUAUUGUCGUUGAAUCAAGUCUCCAUAAUGAGACGAAUGUCAACAUGUUUCCGUAGCAAGAACUCUUGUAUUUCCACUAGUUUAGGCACAAGGGACAUUGUAUUUGAAAGCAUUAUCCGAGGAGCAAAGUUAUAGGGUACUUGAUUAAAGGUUUGUAAUAAAGUUGAAAGUUGUGCUGCAGCAUAAGUAAGAUAAAUCAAAUUGUUAAAAUUUCAUUGUCUUUUGCAACUUUUUUUAAUUUGCCGAUUUUCAUACAUACGGUUUGUAAUUCUUACUAGAAUUUGACUGUUUGCUUUUGGGGUAUCUAUUUCGCUCGUAACAUUGUCCAGUACUGAAUCGUUUAAUGAAACUUCUCACAUUUGUCCCAGUAUGGUAGGGGAAGUCCCCCCCAAACUGUUAUAAACAUGAAGUUCAUCUGCCACAAAAGAAGAGAUUACCCAGAAAGCAAUAGAAAAACACAGGAGUUUUGAUCAGACUUUUGUUGCUUGGCUUCUAUUAUACCCAAUUUCUGAGAAAUUGAAUGGAUUCCAGGAACUAGGCAGCCCUUCAUAUUAUCCAAUUACAAACAGGCAAUUGAUAAGGACUUGGAUGAGGUUAUGGAAAAUUCAGAUGAAAGUGGUAACAAAUCUUCAAAAUUGAACUUACACAUGCCGGUGCCUGAUAUUCGUAAACAAUGCCCGUAAUCGGUUUCUUGCAAAUAGCUCAAGCUCCCUGUUGGUUUAUUUAAUGUUGAUAUAUUCAGAACAUGGACUAGUCAGUGCUUUAAAUGUUGCAGUAUGUCUAAUAUUUCUAGUUUGUCAAUAUGUUGUUAAGGUUAUUUAUUAUCUAAGUUUGUAUUUUUAAAUUUUACUAAUGUAUUAAUACUUUUAGACUAAUUAAUUUGUAAUUCCGUUGCUAAACCUUGAUUGGAGCUUGCUCUGUUGUCUAACUCCUCAUAUAAAUGUAUGAAAGCUUAUUAAAACUAAAAGAAUAAAGUUAGUAAUAUAGAGAUAUAAUAAAGGACACAUAGUUGGUGGAAAGAGGGAAACCUCCCAAGUUUUCACUUUUCACCUUAAAAUUGUACAUAUAUGGUCACAUUGCAGAGCAUACUGCCAAUCUCAAUAGCUGAAAACAAUUAAAAAGAAAACCAUUACAAAAUAAAUAGAGACUGACUAUAUUUAAAUGAGGUUUACCAGGGAAAGACUCUUGAAAGAGAUUGUACUUGAAAGAGGGGUGGCCAAUACACUAGGUUUACUGACUGUACUUCGUGAGUUGGCAAAUUUGUUGUAGCACACUAACCCAGAUAUGGUACCCAAAGGCCUUCGUUCAGGUAUUUAGUAUUGCUAUCAUGAUUAUUAAAAGUACCAAUUUCGAUUGUGUAUCAGUGUGGUAAUGUCUAAUAUACAUGUACAUCUGUACAGUUAUUCACUGGCAAGACCAAAAUGGUAACUAACAUAUUUUUAAGAACAAUAUGUAUGUUAGACAACAGAAAAUUUAAUAGAAUUACAUAGUUUGACAAUGUACAUAUGAAUGGGGGGCUAAUAGAGAGGAGGGCUAAAUACAUUCCUUCAUCUCAAAAAGGGGGGACUUUUUGGAGAGUGCAGGGUAAUUAUGUGGAGGGCGCUGAAUAUACAGUAACUAGUUAGAGUUAGUUAUAGUUAUUAGUUAUAGUUAGAGCUUCUGGUAUAAUAGCUAAAAUGCAACACUUCGUGAACCGAAAUUCAUUAAAACUGAUAUAUUAUGCAUUAGUCAUCCAUACUUGAUUUAUGGCAACUUAACAUGGGGUAAUACUUAUAAAAGUAGAAUCCAAAAAAUAAUAUACAAAAAAAAAUUGUGCGCCUAAUGACUUUCAAGUCUUACUUAGAGCACAGUGAGCCAAUUUUCAAAGAUUUAAGAGGCCGUCUCUGUAAGAACGGUCCACUGCAAAUAUGUUCAGAAAAUAUUUGACCUUCAAACUUUGUAGUUAAAAAGUAUUUCAUACAACGUUAAUAUGGUGCUUACACAUUUUGCCAUAUCUUUCGAUAUGGCCUGUUUUUGCCCACUGAAUCUGAACACCUUAAUUGGCAUUUCCGGUCGCUGAAAAUUUGACAAUAUUUAGGUAAAUUGAAAAGUCUGCUACGGACACUACAAAACUCCGAUUUACACUAUUUCGUUAUAUGUUGUAAAACGCAUAUCAAUCUUGACUAUGCGUGGAGUUCAUUGUGUUUUGUUAACUUUUCAAUGCAAAAUUAAUCUUUCAAAAACAGCCUAAAACUCGUUUUCCCAACUAAGACAAAAAUAUGCCGUUUUUUAAUGGCAAUAUCUCAAAAGUUAGAAGCAGUGAAGAAACUAACAUACCACUAAAGUUUAGCUUGUAUACCAUGUUAAAAGCCUCUUUAAAAACAUGUUGCAUUUCAAACAGGAAGUUUAAAGGGAGCACAAUCCGAGCAGGAUUGGUGGUAGACUUCAACCAAAAAUGUUAAUGCAAAAUUUGAAGUAGAAAAAACACUCACAUGCCACGACUGGUAAAUUGUUUUAACUAAUAUGGCGCAUUACUAUGAAAUUCGUGGUUUUAAACCGUUUAUAAAUCGGAACGAAAGUUGAUUUGGUUUUCGCGUGCAGUUUUUCUGGCUAAUUUAACACGUUGUGUGUUUACAGUAAGCGAAAGAAUCUUAAAACACAUCAGAUGAUUAACGAAUUAUAUGUAUCACAAAUAAAAAGUGUAAUUGCGGACAGAAACCUGCCGGUGGGGCCCGGGGAGGGGGGGGGAGGUUUGCGCACGAGUUAAAAGGAGUUGCUAAAAUUAGAGUAAAUGUUUACGACUGGAAACCAUAAAGCAUGUAUAAUGGAUCUUUACUGCUUUUUGAGUGCAAGUGACCCUGCUAAUUGCGGAGUUUCACGGGGAUGUACCGAAACAGUUUGUUUGUAUGACUGCAAGGAUGACAUUCGUUCUCAUCUUCGAAGCUGUCAUUUGUCUAAAGAAAAUGUCGAUGAAUAUAAGCUUAUCCUGGCGAGGGCAGGCCUCUUUGACCUUAGCGACGACCAAAUCUGCAAAAUGGGCAUUUGCCCGAAACAUCGACAUAGAUUAGGAAGGUAUUGGUUGAAGAGCAAAACCACAUGUCAAUAUCCUGGUCAUGUCGGUAAUAGUAAGAAAGUCGUGGGGAGAGAUACAUUCUCCAUCAAGAUGUCUGAGGAAGUGCUGCUUCUUUACGGAGUUACUGUUCCCACUGGAUCAGGUACGUAAUUUACCCUAUAUUUACUUAUAUGACAAACUAAGACUCAUUAACCCGAGUGGAAGAAAGUAUUUGCCUUAGAUUUUCACGCAUGCCUAAAUGCCCAACGAGUUUAAUACAUGAUUAUUAUAAUGAAUUACACGCGUUUUCGAAAUUAUGCGACCAGGCGAAAAUAGCUGGAGUUAACAUGUCAGUUUUAUGUCACACGGUCACGAAGUUCAAACUGUUUACAACUUUUAGUUUUGCGGUUCAUUAUCGAUAUAUAUGCUUAGUAUCCUUUAUAUAUAAAGCCUGGGAGAAGGAUUUUCAAGUUAUUUGUGUGAUAAUUAUUGCAAAAUUUAAGCACAACGAAAUCAUAAUAUUACCGCUAUAAUCUAGCGCAAGCGGGUUUAAUACACAGUAAAAUCGAGGUACAAAAUUGUUCUUUUCCGAACUUUGAAAGUCAAUCUCGCCACAGAUUUCUGUUGUGAUGGCUUUUUGUUCCUUUUAGUUUGUAUAUCUAGCUCAUUUUGAUUCAAUUUUCUUCUUUAAGUAUUAAAUACGUUAUAAAAUGACUUUUGUUUACGUUUGCUAUUUUUAGAUAAAACUUAUUAAUUAACUGACAUUUGAACAAACAUUAUUUUCGAGUUAGUUGAUCGCGUGAUUUUGGAAACGGGUGUAAUUAGGGACGGACCAUUAGAAAAGUGAUGGGGGGGGGGUCCAUGUCCAACGUGCACGAUUAUUUUUUCAAAAUUUUUUGCUGUGUCGAUUUUUUUUUUAAUCCCUUGCUCGAUUUUAUUUUUUUUCUUAGCGGGGCGGGGGGGGAGGGGGCGGCGAAGUGAAAUUUUUUUCCGGACCACACCAGUGUUGUUAACGUUUAAAACACAUUUUCCCUUAAAACAUGAUUAAAACGCUUUUUUUGCACCAAUAUCCACUACAUUUAGGUUUAGAAUUUUUUUCUCACACUAUUACUAACUGAAAAAUUUCCAAAUUAUUUUUUUUAUUUUCCAAAUUUGGGGGCCACCUUUACACUGUACCUCUGAUAGGCCCUGUCAACAUAUAAUUUUCCCUAUUGAAAAGUCUCUACACGAAUUUUUAUUUCAAACUUUUCUGGUGCACGAGUUUUUUCUGUUCCCCCUGCUCGAUUUUUCUUUUUGCUUUUGUCCCCCCCCCCCAUCACUUAUCUAAUGGUCCGCCCCUUAUAUGACUGACUCUUGAUACAAUUUAAUGUAAUGUUUUGAGGGCUGUUUUUAUUAUUAGACUUAACUGUUAGCUUUUUCUUUGGUUGCAUGUUCUCAUCAGUUUGAUUUGUAUUUGUCAUGCUUUACCAACAUUACAUGUAAAAUUAUUGAACUCGGCAAUUUUCCCGCCAAAACGGACCGGUCAGGUAAGACAGGUAAAUAAAAGGCAUAUUGACUUUGUCAAGCCAGCGUAGCAGUGGUUUGAAGGUUUUGAGGAUUUUUGAAUCUAACCCACCUUAUAUUCAAAAAUCCUCAAAACCUUCAAUAAAAUAAAGCGUUUUGCAAGAUUUUUUAUACGCCUUUAAUAUUCUUAAAGUUCCUUCAGGAAUAAUUUUCCUCCACAAAGAGAAUUUAUAUAAGUGGAAGAAAAACGCCUCUAAUUCGAGCUAAUGAUCGACACUCGGGAUAUCGGUCCAAAUACGGUAACCAAUCAGAAUGCAGAAUAUUACAAAACUAUAAAGACUAUAAACGUACUUAGGUAUUGGGGAAGGGGGGGUGUUCGUGUGGAUGGAUAAAAACGGUGUUCUGAUCAAAUAAACCUGUUUUUAGCCCUUUGCUGCAGCUGCAGAAAAAGGCACAAGGAAAAAUGGAUUACGAAGCACGCUGGUUAAAAGCUGACAAUGGAGAUACGACAUCUAAAACUGAAAGAAGGCAAGUUUAUACUAAUCCCAUUCUUCAUCUUGCAAGACAAUCGACCAUCUUUUAAAUAAAAUAUUUUAAACAUUUAGGUUUCCUAGAAUAGCCAAGCAAGUUGCACAACAAUCCUUCCCCGCAAUGUUGGGGUCUCCAGAAGUAGAGGGGAAAGAUCCAACAUGGACACCAAGCAAUCUGGAAAGGGCCGAUAACAGAAGUUACAAUGCUUUGACUAAUGAAGAUAGCGUGUUGCAAGUUUUUAAUGAUGGAAUGGAAAGCAUAGCUAGAGCAUCCAACACACACUUUGAACCUGUGAUCUUUCAGCUACAAACAACGCUUAGUGAAGCUACAAGCUACGAGAAAACCGAGUGCAUGCGAAAGGCUGAAGAGGCGUGCGCAAUAGUGUGUAAAACUAUUGCACCAAAAGACGGCGAAAAUCUCCUCCGUGUAAUUUCACCAGUCCGUAGUGAGUCACCCCCUAAUGAAGUGCUGGCUCUACUGAAUGCCUACAAAAACGCACCGACAAAGAAUAUCAAGACCCAAAUUUUGAGUUUGUAUUGCUAUCAGUACACUACAAAAAAACUAAAAGAGAUGCAUGAACCAUUCGAGAAGCUCAGCGAUCGAAAAAUAAAGCUUGCACGGUCGCACGCUAAAACGGUUGGAGAAGGUUUUCCAAUUGAAAAUGUUACAAUGUAUCGUCAUCGUAUGGAUAAAGGAAAGCUAGAUCACUUUUUGUCGUUUGUUAACCGACCAUAUUUUUACCAGGACGUUGCAUAUGGGACACGUAGACUUAAACUUGACAGUGGUGCCCGAAUUGAAAUGCCAAACGUUGUGCGAACCGUAACUAGAUCAACUAUUAUUGCCCAGUAUGAACAGCAUUGCAAGGGAGAAGGUUUCAGUCCGCUUAGCCGUGCAUCGAUGUAUCGAGUGUUACAAGUAAGGGAAGCAUCGCAACGAAAGUCACUCCAAGGGUUGGACAAUAUUGCAACGGAUGGCAGUGCCGCAUUUCAUACCCUUUCUCGCAUUGUAGAAGAUCUGGAACAAACGUAUGGAGCAGAAAAAGCGUGGUCCACACAAGUUCUUCGCGGUCUAAAAGAUGGUAAACGCUAUCUAAAAACGAACUAUCGAGUCCACUGCAGAAACGAAUCAAGCAGCUGUCCUGACCAUUGCCGAACGUUCGCCUUGAGUGAUCCUGGUGAUCCAGAUUUCCAAGCUGAAUGUUCGCAUUCACACAACGUAUCCUGUGAAAGCUGUGAAAACAUCAAUCAAAUCAUGACGUCCAUUGAAGAGCAACUGACAGAACGUGCAAAUAAUAUGUAUACCAUGGAACAACUGGACGACUACAAGCAUGACGUUGCACAGGCACGACGCUUUAUUCAUAACUGGAAAGCGCACAUUUUACGCGCUCAACAGCAGGAAGAUAGCAAAACUGACGUUAUAAAAUCUCUAAACAGAUCAUCAAUCUUGAUAAUUAUGGACUGGGCAAUGAAAUUUGUUCAAAUGCGACAUAGGGAGAAACAAUCCGAUUGGUUCGGAAAAAGAGGAAUGAACUGGCAUGUCUGCAGUGUUCUUUCGAAAAGUGAAACCAAUCUCCUCCAAAUUGAGUACUACGUCCACCUGUUUAACAGCUGUGUCCAAGACUGGUAUUCUGUUGUAUCAAUUCUUGAGCAACUUUUAACUUCAAUCAAGAAAGAAAGACCAGAAAUUCAACAAGUCUUCAUUCGCUCAGACGAAGCUGGCUGCUAUCACAACAACAACAUAGCCGCUGCCAUGAGGGACAUUGGAGAAAGAAUUGGUAUUACUGUUGUUCGUUACGACCACUCUGAACCGCAGUACGGCAAAGAUAUUUGUGACCGCAUUUUAUGCCACCUCAAAGGGACUAUUCGACGUUACUGCCACGAAGGCAACGACAUCCUGACAGCUGCGGACAUGUACCAAGCGCUCAAGGAACGACCUAUCGCAGCUUCUACAGCGGGCGUGUUUUGUCUUAAUCAGAAGAAUAGGGACUUGCAAGUCAAGAAUAUCAAUGCAUUUGGCAGUCUCCAUAAUUUUCGAUAUGAAACGAAGGGCCUUAGAGUUUGGAAGGCGUUUGGAAUAGGACCAGGGAAGCUCAUUCCAUGGCACGCCAUUUAUAUUCACCACCAAAGUCCAACUGAGCUAACUAUCGAUGGCAAGAAAGAAUUCUUCCUCACCACUGCCAAAGUUGUGAAAUCUUCAGCCAAUACAAAACCUGACGAACAACCAAAUAAGGACAACGAAGAUGUGCUGUUAUUCGAGUGCCAAGAAGUCGGAUGUGAACAAAGCUUUGAAAACCUCAACGAUUUAGAAGUGCACAUUUCCCUUGAGAAGCACAACACCACGAAAGAAAAUAUCUAUGACUCUCUUAGGCGGGAAUGGGUUAGUCAGUUUAACUCCAUCAGAAUUGAAGAACAAUCAACACCGGAAGAUAAAGAAAAAAGAGUCCGGAAAUCCCAAACAAGUUUGGAGAAAGGGUGGGCUUUACAUCAGGUAAGCACACGAAAGCGUUUUAGCAAAGAGAUUCGCGUCUAUUUGACAGAAAAGUACGAUGUUGGGGAAAAGACAGGUUGUAAACUCAAUCCGGAACAAGUCGCAAGAGAUAUGAGGACAGCAAAGGACGAGGCAGGAUUGCGCAAGUUUAAGAGAGAGGAAUGGUUAACUAAAAGUCAGAUUCAAAGUUUCUUUUCGAGGAUUACGGCCAAUCGACGAAAACAGACUGGCCAAGUCGAAGAGGACGAAGAUGGAGUUUCUGAUGAAGAACAUUUGGCAUACUCAGAAGAUUUGAUUUACGAAGAAUGCAUGCAAGAGGUGUUGGAAGAAAUCGCAUUGAAGCAUCCAAUUAUGUACGAUACAUAUGACUUAUGCGAACGCACGAAGACCAACAAACUUAAACUUUUUAAGAUUCCAAUGCUAAAAGAAAUUUGCAAGCAUUUUGAAAUUGUACAUUCAUCACGAACCAGUAAGCGUGAUCUGUUGCAGAAAGUAGAAACUUUAGUAUCGACAUGUGUAUGCAUGUGUAAAUAGACGACUUAUAUACGUAGUAUUUAUUACUGAAGCAAUAUUCGGAUGGGGGACGGGGGGGGGGAGCUUGAUUUCCAUUUUGUAAUACGACAUAUCAUAAUCCUUCAAAGACUAUAUAAGUUCCACAUGUAAUGAACCAAAUGAAAAUACCAGAAAUCACCAAUGACAUCAAUCCAACGAAGACAAAAUUGACAAUUAUUUAUAUUAGUGACAAUACGGAAAUUCUUGAUAUGAAUUAGUAAGAAAUUGAAAAAUAUUGUGACUGUUGUAUCCGUUGCGAUCUACGAAAAAACUUUACACUGACCACAUUAUUUUAAUGCCUUUAAUUAAUAAUGAAUCAAUAAUGACAAUAAUGACUUUAAUUAACUUAAUAGGGAAACAUUUUAUUGUCCAGUAUCCCGUAUCAUUAUAUAACUUUUCUUUAUAUCAGUAACCCGUAAUAGCGCCUCACUAGUUUGCUGGAUCUAAUCUGUUUGUAAUUAGGACGCAAUUGCACAUAUUUAGUUUAAUCAAUGAACUCGCUUGACUUGCAUAGUUGUAAACGUGUAGUAAAGUGAUCAGCGUACUUAGACUAUUGAAACACGAUACCACGUAAUAAGUUCUUUGUAUGAUUGCAUGGCGAUAAAAUAUAUCACGAUAAAAUAAACACCACGUGGUGUUUCCACAAACAAAAAGUGUUAUAAGUGUAAAAGUGUUACUACAAUCGUAGUAAUUUGAACUAUUUGAACACUUAGUCUCUCUCCUCCGUACAUGCAGGCUUCUGUGCCAUAUGAUUAAUGCGAUUAGCAUUGAAAUACAUUUCAAUACACUUUACAUGGCAGAUCUUGGAACACGAGCGGAGACACUUAGCAAUAUCAUUUGAACAAAAUUUUCUUUGACAUUGGAACGACGCCAACAUCUACAUAGCGUACAUGUACAAUAAAAAAGCCCAAGAUUCUUGACUAGGUGGUUAGUGAUAUAAAUACUUAUUUAGUUUCUGAAUAUCUUAGAAUGCAUUAUUGUUUCGUAAUACUUCCUCAGAUAAGGAAGAUCUGAAACAAUAAACAGUGUUAUUUUUAUAUUCUGGCAGAUGAAGUUUCGGAGUCAUGCGAACGUGUCAAGCUUUGUAUGAAAACAAGCACACAGCCCAUUCUAUAAUGCCGCUAUUUCGUAACCGAUAUCGCGUGAACAAACUCUUUAACCCCGUAUUUAAGAUUUAUAGCUGCGAGCAGGCUAGCCCAGAUUGGCUCCGCCUUAAAACAAGACAAUGAAAAACAAUGCUAAUUUCGGUGAUUUACGACAUUUUACCAACCAGUUCAAUUACAGAUUUUGUCCGAACAACAUUGCAAUGGUCCGGCAGACAAACAUUUGUUGUGAUGUAUGUAGAUUUCUAUAACAUAUGCUUAGGUAUAAAAUGUUUUUAUCACAACAGGAAGUGCCAAAAUUCCAUGUAAAUUUCACAAUUUGGUAAUGUUUCAAGGGCUGUCGCACAAAAUACUGGAAAAUGCCGCAACAUUUUUUUAAAGAGGCUUUUAACAUGGCUUACAAGCUAAACUUUAGUGGUAUGUUAGUUUCUUCACUGCUUCUAACUUUUGAGAUAUUGCCAUUAAAAAACGGCAUACUUUUGUCUUAGUUGGGAAAGCGAGUUUUAGGCUAUUUUUGAAAGAUUUAUUUUGCAUUAAAAAGUUAACAAAACACAAUGAACUCCGCGCAUAGUCAAGAUUGAUAUGCGUUUUACAACAUAUAACGAAAUAGUGUAAAUCGGAGUUUUGUAGUGUCCGUAGCAGACUUUUCAAUUUACCUAAAUAUUGUCAAAUUUUCAGCGACCGGAAAUGCCAAUUAAGGUGUUCGGAUUCAGUGGGCAAAAAAAGGCCAUAUCGAAAGAUAUGGCAAAAUGUGUAAGCACAGUAUUAACGUCGUAUGAAAUACUUUUUAACCACAAAGUUUGAAGGUGAAAUAUUUUUCGAACAUAUAUGCAGUGGACCGUUCUUACAGAGACGGCCUCUUAAUUUUAUAUUUUGGCCGGUUUGUCGCGUUUAGUUGUUGAGAAAGAAUAGAUAGAUAGAUAGAAAAACUUUAUUUAAACACGCUGACCCCGUCAACCGAAGCUGGUUUCCACGGGGGGCGUGUGCAAACUAUACAGAUACACUAAAAAGCUAUUUACAAAAUUAUAUAAGAUAUAUAGUAUUAAAUAAGUUAAAGUAAUUUAGAUAUAUUUACAAAUCAUUAAUCAAUCAGUCAAUGUGAGUAACGAUUUUUUUCCGAAAGGCAGAAAGGGAUUUGCUCUCUCUAAUUUCUUUUGGAAUUGAAUUCCAUAGGUGUGCUCCGUCAUACAUGAAACUUUUUUUCAUAUUAUUAGUACGCGGUUGUGGUAGACCACUUGAAAUAUCUCGGAGGUGAUACUUUGUUUUCUCACCUUUAUAUGUGAAAAGAUUAGAGAGUGACUUGGGACCCAUUUUAUUUAAUAAUUUGUACAUUAUUUUUGCUUUCCCUUUCUUUCUUUCUGUUUUAAGUGUCUUCCAACCCAAUGCUUGCAGAGCAACAGAAUGAUCUGUGUCAUUGCUCAUAUUCAUAAUGAUUCGAGCAGCUCUAUUUUGGAGUUUUUUUGAUUGUGUCUCACCAAACACAUCCCAUACUUCACAGCAGUAAUCGAAGUAUGGGCGAACAAUAGCAUUAUACACAGAAAGAAGGGCUUGCUUAUCAGCAAAUUCUUUCAGUCGUCUAAGAGCAGAUAUACCGGAUGUUAUUUUCUUGCAAAUAUUCUCAGUGUUACUUUUCCAAGAUAAAUGCUGGUCAAUUGUCACCCCAAGGGUUAUGGAUUCAUGAACUUGCUUAACUGAUUCGUUUUCAAUUUUAACGUUUAGUUGUAGAUCUGAAAUACUUCUAAUCAUUUGUUUAGAGCCAAUUAACAUAAACUCUGUCUUAGCUACAUUUAGGCUAAGUUUAUUGGCAAUUAGCCAUUUUCUAAGAUUUUCUAAAUCAGAAUUCACUGCAGCCUCCAGAUCAGUAAUAGAGUCUCCAGAAGCUGUCAGGUUCGUAUCGUCAGCAAACAGCCGAGGUUUUGUUUUAUAUAGACAUUGAGGCAAAUCAUUAAUAUAUAGUAGGAAAAAUAGUGGCCCUAAAAUAGAGCCUUGUGGUACUCCACAUUUGAUCAGUUUCUCUGACGAGAGAGAGUUUUGAAUUUGGCAUUUCUGCUUUCUAUUGGAGAUAUACGAUUGGACAAAAGAUAGGGCUUGCCCUUUUACUCCAUAUAACUCUAGUUUUUUCAAUAAAAUUUGAUGGUCAACAGUAUCAAAUGCUUUCUUUAGGUCAAUUAAGAUUACCAGAUUAAAUUUUUUCCUGUCUAGAUUCAUAUACCACUCGUUUGUACAGUCCAGUAAUGCUGUAGUUGUAGAGUGAAAUUUUCGAAAACCAAAUUGACAAUCACUUAGAUGCCCAAAUUUAGUUAAAUAAUGUAAAGUUAAAUAAAUAAAAAGUUCAACAGUUGUCCGCCAUUUUGAAAAUAAGCAUUUAUGCCACAGCAUACAUUAUCUGACGUCAUUAGCUGGGUAAACACAAUUUCAUGACUAUAAAACAAUACCGAGUAUUACCACGCGUAGUGCACUUUGAGCCAAAACCAAAGGCAGAAACGUUUUACCAAGUAUGUACCUUAUUUGUAACACUAUUUCACAUAGUAUAUAUCCUAAUCCGUGUUAAAUAAACGCCGAAAUUCGAGUGUAACAAGGCAAACACUAAUGCAAUAUUUUAUGAUCAAUUACCUGUAUUGUAAAUUGACCCAUUCCUUGCUUUCCCAGUCGCUCGAUAUGUUUUUAUCUGAUAGUGUAGACUUCUCUUGUUUGAUUGCGAAGAGUAUUGGCCAGUAUAACGCUCAAAACGACAUAUUUUUAGCUAACAUAACACGCACGCAAUAGAAUUCUCUCUUGUAGUUUUGGUGCUACCCAUCUAAUGACGUCACAAAGUUCAUUGACCUUCGAAGGUCAUUUUUUCCAAGAUGGCGGCGAAACACAAAGUUUGCAUGCAUUUUACUCGUAGACUAAAAUGUUCGAGAAGGAAAUGAUAAUAUUUUCAUAGUUAGGUUGUCAAGUAGGAUUGAAAUAGCCAAUAAAAAUUUUCGUUGCCAUUGUCCUUUAAGUGUCAGAAUCUAAAUUACGGGAGGAUGUGACGUACUGUAGGCUACAAUGACAGAAAUUUUUUAUUAUUUAAUUAUUAUUUAUCAAAAUAGAGACCUCAAAGUGGAAGAAGCUGGCAGAAAGUCACUUUCAUAACAGUUGCUAUAAUUAACCUAGACGCCUGUUAGCGUUUUCGGUUUAGUAAGGAAGCGAGGAUUAUUUUGUAAUGGAAGUACAAACGAGAUUAGAAAGGCACACUAAUGUGCACAUAGAAAUUAUUGAAACGUGGUCAACAUCAUGAAUUCAAAGCUGUGUAAAUGAUUCACAAAUUAGGUGCCUGAAAUCUCUGUCAUUUAAAUAAUGGCCUAUGACGAAACACAGAGUCAUAAACGAGAAAUGUUGAGUUAAUGCAGCCUUUCAAAACAAGUGAAAACAAGACAUUGUGACAAACAAGAGUUUGAUAAUAGGUUAAAUCCUGGUUCACACUAGCAAUAGACCUUUAUAAAAAUGUUGACGUCAGCAGGAUUGUGACGUAGUUUGCGGAGGAAGUCCCGAAAGCUUAGAGUUGUUUACUUGUUUUGAGUUUUUUAAGAGCCAAAAGAAGCCAGUUAUGGUAAGUUUGAAGUAAAUUUUUCUAUAUAUACAGGCCAAAUGAGUUUUCAUAUUCGUUAGAGUUUAAAUUUUAUUUGAUUUUAUAUUAGAUUGUACAUUUAUUUUACUGUCAACAUUUAGCAAAUUGCUCGCUCGGUCUGUUUACAUAUUUCUUUGCUAAAAAGUACAAUUUUUCUUUUUUGUUUCUCGAAUUCAUCAGUCUAAUCAUCAGAAUGGCCCCAAUCAAGCUGUAGACAGCAAUACACAGGCUUAGUGAUCGUGCAAAGAGGUACAUAAGUCAUAAGUGAACUUAGACAUAUAAACUAAGACUAAGUCUAUUAUUUUAUCGAUAAAUAGUUGAAGUGAACAUACAUGACAAGUAGCUUUUAUCAAUCGUGUAUAAUACUUUCCGUGCCGUCUGGGUCAACAAUCUAGCUUUAAUUUCCUAUCAAGGUUUUGUCAGGUUUGUGAGCGCCUACGAAAUGUUGACCAGCAGGAUUCCCAAGAGUCGCCAUAUUGUUUGAUGGACGUACGUUGUAAACACGUUGUGUUAUACUCUUAGAUUGUAAAAGAUAAAUAAAGUUUGUUAUUUAUACGGGUGACUAUCACAUUGGUGGCAGCGCUAAGAGUAUAUAUAAGUAACCCACGUGCUAAAGCAGCGAUAUAAACGACGAAACAAACAUGCCAACGGACGAAAAACCGAUCGAAACAAAGCUUAGGGCAACAUUUGGCGCCAAGGUCACGCCAGACGAAUUUGAGAAAUUUGAAGCUGCAUGGACGGUAGCCAAGCGUGCAAAUACGAGUGAAACCAGCAAGCCUGUUCGGUGGUCGUCUCCAGAAGGACGAGCGAACAUGUUAUUGGCCCAAUUGACGGACAGUGUUCUAGUUUGGGCAAUUCGUCAACCGAACGAAGUUCAAUCGAAUGAUACUGAGCUGCUAAAGGCACUACGCGAGAAAUAUGCCAAAAUAAAAUCUCAGGAAGCCUACCAGCAAGACUGGGCGAAUAUAUCUCAACAGCCAGGUGAGAAAUUUGAUGAUUAUUAUAACCGUCUUGAAGUAGCAUACGAUAAUGCAUACCGAGACCCUGAAUUUCGUGACGCAAAGGUGAAAUCUCGAUUGUUAGCUGAGAAAUUUCGUGAUUCUAUACGUGAUAUACGGGCUAGAGAGAGCAUAUUAGAUAAGGGAAUUCUCGAUGACACUGGGAAAUUAAAAGAUUCUGUAGUAAUUAUUGGUAUUGCAAAAAGGGCAACAGAAGUGGGGGAUCUCCUCAAGUCAGGGGCUACUGUAGCCCAACUAUCCCCCCCUAAUCAGACGGAACUUGAGUCCAUGAUUAGCAAAGCGGUUGUUGCAGCCCUACAGCAAAAGAGACCGUCUCCACCCUACCAAGGUCAUAGUGGAAAUACUCCGAGCAAGUUUUGGCGUUGUCAUUAUUGCAAUACCACCAACCAUCCCGGGGGGUGGAAGGCCUGCCCAGAUAGGCGUAAAUAUAAUCCCUCCUGGACUCCAAGACGGCAAAAACCUAGGGCGGGCAGAGUUCAACAAGCAGAUGGGGAACAACCUGCCGACCAGGAUUUUCGCCCAAACCCGUAGCCGAGGGUGGCGGUUGCGGGACAAGUCCCAUACCACCAGUACCCACUAAAGAGUCAAAGGAAAAACCCUGUCAGCAGACCGAUGAUGGGCUGGGUACUGUAGAGGAGUUGAAAGCGAUGCAACGGGGGAGACAGACAAAAUUAAGUAGAGGGGACUCUGAAAUGGAUGGGCCUUAUGAAAGGAGAAAUGAAACGAUUAAACAUUUACGGGGGGUGUUAAAACGCAGCCCUUUUGUACGUGCCCGUUGGGGUAUUGGCAGCAAGGAGGUCAGUUUAUUACUGGACACUGGGGCUGAAGUCAGUUUAGUGGACGAAAGUGUCUUAACAAAUGAUGAGCGUAAGACAAUGAAAGAACCAGACACAAAACCGCCCCAGGGGGUGAGCGGUGAAGUCAUUAACAUUGUGGGUACCCUUACAAAAACAGUGAGAGUGGGUGGUCAAGUAGUAAGAAAUCAUAAGUUCUUUGUGGUCAAGAACUGUAUUGUUAAAUAUCUAGCAGGGAUUGACUUUAUAUUUCGCUUGGGGAGAGCGACCUGGGACCCCAAAAGGGGACAAUUAUACAUACAUGAGACGGGGCAGAGUACGAAACUUGAGACCAUGUACCGUCCUGAAAGUGGAAUAAAUCGGGGCGCAGCUUGUGAUGUACUAGUCAAGGAAGACGUUAUUGUGGAGCCUGGUAAAGAAUGUUUAGUUAAAUGUGUGGCAAACAAAGCAUUUAGAGGUCUGGACUACAUGGCAGCACCAAACACCUACCCAGGGGAUGAACCUAUUCGCCCUGCAUGUUGUAUUGUUAGGGUAGAUAUGAAUAGAGAACUAUGGCUCCGAGUCAUCAAUGUUAACAAAGUUAGUGAAACCCUUCGAAAGGGGGAAAAGAUUGCCCUAUUAGACCCAGAGUUUGAAACCACUUUUCCAGGUCAACACAUGAAAACUAAACCAACUGACCGAGUUACUGGGUAUAAAGGAGAUGAAAGACUCGAUUCUAGGAAACAGGAAGAGGUUGACAAACUUCUGACAGAAUUUUCUGACGUGUUUUGGAAACCUGGUGACCGUCUUCCAUCUGUCCAGGGUUUGGGGAAGCAUUGUAUUAGACUCAAACCAGAUGCGAGACCAGUUGGUAUGAGACCGAGACGGUUAUCCCCAAAGGAACGAGAAGAAGUGAACAAAGAGAUAACACAUCUCCUUGGUCAAGGCUUGAUCACACAGUCAACGAGCCCUUGGGCUGCACCAAUUGUAGUGGCACGUAGAAAGAAUGGCCAAAUCAGGCUAGCAAUUGACUAUCGGGCUUUGAAUGCCCAGUCUUUUGAUCAGCAUCAUCCAAUACCACGUAUUGAUGACCUAAUUGACAGGCUUGGGGAAGCUAAAUAUUUCUCAUCUUUAGAUUUAAAGAGUGGUUACUAUCAAAUGCCACUUCGCGAGGAAGAUUCGGAUCUCACAGGAUUUGUCACGCCAGAUGGUCAGUUCCAGUGGACUGGUCGAGGCACCCCGUUUGGGUUAUCAGGAGCACCAGCCUCUUUUCAGCGGCUGAUGAGUGGCGCCCUUGGGUCACUGAACUGGCAGGUAGCACUCUGCUACCUAGAUGAUAUACUUGUUUGGGGAGCAACAUGGACUGAGCACAUGCAGCGUCUCCGGCUAGUACUCCAGAGAUUACAAGAGGUGGGAAUGCUCCUGAAUCCAGAGAAGUGUACGUUUGGUGUUCGUCGCAUUGAAUUCCUUGGUCACGUUAUCGGUGAAGGAAUGUUGUCCAUCAGUGAUGCCCGGAGAGAGGCACUAAUCAAUACCCCAAAACCAACAACGGUAACAAUGCUGAGGAAGGCGCUUGGUGCAUUCUCCUACGUGCAACGAUGGAUUCCAGGGAUGGCGGACAUUGCAAAACCGUUAUAUGAUCUUUUAGACAAAGAUGGUAAGAAAUUACUUAAAUGGACACCUGAGACAACAGCAGCAUUUGAACGCCUUAAGAAACAGGUUGCGAGACCUCCAGCACUUUACCUCCCGGAUUUCACCAGGCGAUUUGUAUUGGUGACAGAUGCUUCGACAGUGGGUACGGGAGCAAUGUUAGCUCAGCCGGAUCGGUUUAAACCGGAUGGCCCAUUAAAUCCAGUGGCAUUCUUUCAUCACACUCUUUCCUCUAGUGAAAGGAACUAUAGCACCACAGAUAGAGAGUUGCUGGCGAUAGUAUUAGCAGUAAAGAAAUUUCGUGUUUAUCUUGCGGGAAAGCGGUUUGACCUAAUCACCGAUCAUCGGGCUCUGUCAUGGAUUAACGAAAGCCUGGACUUAAACGAUGUUGGCGGUAGGCGAGGGAGGUGGUUGGAAUUCCUUCAACAAUAUCCAUUCGAUCCAAUACAUCGGGCAGGAAAGUCACCAGAACUGGCAAUGGCAGAUUACUUGUCCAGAGUAGGACAUGGAGAGCAGGUGGCAACUCUGUGUAUGGCAACCUCGACAGUAGGUCAGGCUGAAUCGGACAGUGCUUACCGAAUCUUUCCCAUGCUUGCGAGGAAAGAUGUCCAUGACGCCCAAAUGUAUUGUCCAGCGGUAGGGGAAUACCUAAGAGCCUGUGAACAACAACGGGAAUUGAAGGACCCAAUAAACCUUGAGGCAAAGGCCUUGUGGCAGGCGCGCGAUCGAUUGACAGUAUUGGAAGAUGGUAUUCUACGUUAUCGUAACUACAAGGGUCGACCAACGGAAAAUAGUCCACUCGGGAAGAACCAGAAUCUCCUUGUUGUACUUCCUCAAAGUCUACGUCGGAGGUUUCUUCAGUUAGUUCACGACUCACCUCUAGGGGGACACAUGGGACGUGAUCGCACAUGGGACCGUGUUCGGGCAAUGGUAUGGUGGCCAGGGGUGAAGUCAGAUGUAGCAAAGUAUGUUGCCGGUUGCGAUGUCUGCCAACGCGUGAAACAUGGUUCAAAAGGCAAAGCACCCCUGGAGAAAACUGACAUUCCAAAACAACCGUUCCAGCGCAUUCAAAUCGAUUUCGUUGGUCCCGUUCAAGCGUCAGUCCCAGAAGGCUUCACAUAUGUCCUUGCCAUACAGGAUGUAUUAACACGUUAUGUUAAGUUGGUCGCAGCGUCAGAUAAUUCGGCAGAGACAGCAGUUCGGGUGUUAAUAGAUGAAUGGAUAACUCAGUUCGACAUCCCUGAAGUGAUUGGUAGCGACCAAGGACCCCACUUUACCGCGACCGUCUUUGAAGCUACGUGCAAGGAACUUGGCAUCGAACAUGCGCUAGGAAGUCCCGAGCAUCCGCAGUCACAAGCACAAGUUGAGCGACAAAACCAGCUCUUUGCUAACGUUAGAGCGGUAUGUAAUAGGAACCCCGCAAGUUGGCCAAGGGCGAUGCACGCAGUGACGUUUGCCCAUAACACUUCAGCAAACAGGACCACCGGGAUAUCACCGCACGAACUGGUUUUCAAACAACAAGCGAGACGACCGGAAGCAUUCUUCUUACCGGAAGAUUCUGCCGGCUCAGAUGAAGAAUGGAGACCUGAAGACGUGAAACAGGGUGGAGUCGCAGCUCAGGCUCGAUCUGAUGCCAAGAAGUUGGAUGAUGUUUUUCAACUGGUGAAGCGCAAGAUUUCUGUGGAACAGGACAAACGGAAGAAGAGAACAAAAACGGCAAUGAAACGGCCAUUCGAGAUUGGGGAAGGAGUUCGAACUCGUCUCACAGCUACAGAACGGAACAAACUAGGCGGUAAGAAGCUGGCAGAUUUGAAGAGUAAACGAUUUAUAGUAUUAGAGCGCCACGGCAACACUUACAAGCUGCAAGAGGAAAAUAACCCGUCCGGACGUGUGAAACAAAGGCAUUUUAACGAGCUGGAGCCAGCCCCACCACAAGUCCUGUCGUGGGAAACUGAAGAGUCAGAUGACCAGGCAGACAACUAUGAGUCAAGUAGCGAUUCGGAAGGUGAACCACAACCACCAAGGCGCAGCACUAGAGGACGACAACCAACUAAACGUCUUCAGGUUGAUUGGCAUCAACAACAAUACGAACAGCGCGAAGCAAUGGAAAUAAACGAUGAACUGUUGGACUGAACACUUAUUAAUAUUAGGAACAUCGAAAUUUUCUGUUAUGUAUGUUUGAGUUUAGGAGGGGAGUGUGAGCGCCUGCGAAAUGUUGACCAGCAGGAUUCCCAAGAGUCGCCAUAUUGUUUUAUGGACGUACGUUGUAAACACGUUGUGUUAUACUCUUAGAUUGUAAAAGAUAAAUAAAGUUUGUUAUUUAUACGGGUGACUAUCACAGACUCUAUUAGUAAAACAUGGACUCUAUUAGUAAAAGAUGGACUCGAUUAGUAAAACAUGGACUCGAUUAGUAAAACAUGGACUCGAUUAGUAAAACAUGGACUCGAUUAGUAAAACAUGGACUCGAUUAGUAAAACAUGGACCCGAUUAGUAAAACAUGGACUCGAUUAGUAAAACAUGGACUCUAUUAGUAAAACAUGGACUCGAUUAGUAAAACAUUCCUAAAUGUAGCUCCUUGUCUGUUUUUUUGUAAAUUGUAAUUUUAAUAACAUCAACUUUAGUGUACAAGAGAUCUCAUCGAUAUUUAACGUAAAGUUUCAAGAAGCAUCGACCAUUGUAAGUAAAUGUGGAAUAAAUACCAAAUUAUUUACCGACAGCUAGGUAAUGCUAUAUAGAUAUAGAUGAUUUCUUGAUUUUUAUGUAAACAGAAACACCUUUGCUAUUUAACACGUCCACAUCGAUUUAUCCCAGGAGAAACGUAAUUUGGACGUGGUUGCGUUGUGUACACGAUAUUCUUUAUAAAUAUAUACUCGAUAAAAAGAUUCUCCGACAAUCGGCAUGUUUCCUGCAAUACUAAUUUACGAAUUUUGGAUUGAUAGUGUCAGACAUUCUGACCACCGGCAACCGUUUGCCAAUAGUUAAAUAUGAGCAUUUACAUAUUUGUUUGCGUGCGAACAACGGCCGAUAAAUAGAUCUGGGGUCGGUUGUAUAAAGUUAAACAAAUCUAUGAACUAUUGAUUACAAAACUUUUCUUUUCUGUCUAAACACAAUAACAAUGCAUAAAACUACUCAUUUAGUUGAUAAAAAUUAAGUUCAAGUACUUACAAUAUAUGUAUAUUGAGAAGGCCGAAUGUUUUUAAUUUUUUGCCUAUACACCCUUUAAGCCAAACGCCUUUGAUACAACCGACCCCUAUUCAAUUUCGUGUUAGGUUUGUAAGGUGGGGGGGGGGGAGAUGGGGUCAUCAGGGAAACGUACAUAAUUAGGAAGUUCGUGGAAUAAAUCGAUACGCGACACUUUCAAAAAUAUCUUGCCCCUCACAGACUCAAGAAAUACGGCAGCUUAAAAUAUAACACAAUGAAAAAAUGUUUAAAUGUUUCAGGAAAAAAUUGGUCUGAAUCAUUCAGUGGAAUAGCACAUCAUGCCUACCAAGAGUCCAUGUUUUACUAAGGGGCCGACCAUUUAACUUUUGAGGGGGGGGGGGGUGAUUUUGAAAAAAAAUUCCUGCAAGGCUAUUCUGAACAACAAAAAAAUACCUGCACUAACAAACUGGGGAAAAAAUAUCCUGCCCCAGUAUUUGGUGCAGGGAUCGAUUUGACCAGUCCGAGAAGAUCAGCUGGUUUGAUUUUUAGGGACUAGUGUAAGUUAAUUUCUUGUUGGAAAACUCCUCAAAAUCCUGGAAAUAGCUUAUCUGAGCUUCAAAAAAUCCAAAAUUUUCAGGGGGGCAUGCCACCAGACCCCUCUAGAGGCUCGCGCCUUCGGUGGUCGACUCAGUUGUCUCAGAGUCCUAGUUAAGCAUGGCCUGAGCUGCUGCCCUAUGACGUAUACUUAUUAGUUAAACCAUGCAUAUAUAUGCUGUAGGUAGCUGCAGUGAUACAGACAGGGUUGUAGCGAGGAGGGUGGUAUUGGGGGGUGGUUAACCCCCCAACUUUUUAGAAUCAACAUAUUCAGAAAAUCGGGUUGGCCAUUCGGAAAAUUAUGGCAAUAAUAGUAGAACAAAAUUUUAGUUGUUAAACAGAGAAAAUAUUAUAAAAUUGUAUUGUCACUAUAAAUUGUAAGCGAAUUGUAAAUUUCGACAUACUAAAACGCUUUUUUCUGACCAUCAGCAUUCUGUCAAAACUUCCCCAAAGUCCAGCAAAUGGCAUUUCAAAGACAUUUCUAUGAAAUGGCAUUUCGAAAUUUAAAAAUUUCCUCGGCUCUCCGGCCCUCGCUUUCUGCCCCCAAUAAACAAAAGCUCCCUACCGCACUGCUUCUGUAAUAUGUCUGUGCGUAAAUUAUGCGUAUUUUUGUUUGUAAAUUGCGUCUUCAUUUUCCGAAUAGCAAACACCUUUGUGGCUUAGUAUGCCAUGAUAUAUUCGGAAUUUUUUUUCGUCAUUUGGAAAUUUUUGGCCUACACCCCCCCCAACUAUACAUGCUAGCUACGGCCCUGGAUACAGACUUGCCGACUGGAACUUCUCCAGGUCCCCCGCUAAUUAUGUCCUCUCCAGUUACACAUCCUUAAAAAAGGCCCUGAACCAAAUGUUAUACCUCAUAGCAAUAUGUAUUAUUAAGAGCAAUGCAUGAAGCGGAAAACUCAACGUUAACUAUCAUUAAAGAAUCUAAAUAGUAUAAGCUAUUGAAAAAAAAAAUGCUGCGAAAGAAAGUGUGGAAAAAAAAAUCGUACAUGGUGAUGGGAUAAAAAAAAUCUUGCACAUAACGAUCCCAGAAAAUUCCCUGCCAGCAGUAACCCCCCCUCCCCUCAAAAGUUAAAUGGUCGGCCCCUAAUCGAGUCCAGUCCAUGUUUUACUACAUGCCUCUUAUACACUAAAGUCGAUGUUAUUAAAAUUACAAUUUACAAAAAAAAACAGACAAGGAACUACAUUUAGGAAUGUUUUACAAAAGGAUGAACCUAAUGGCGUUAGGAAAGCACUUAAGUUUAGAUGUUAGAACAGCAAUGACAGUAGAAGAGGUUCGUAGUGUAGUAAGCCAACAUCUUGUUAAAGAGGGUGUCCUUAACGAGCCUGUCUUCCUAACUCCCGCCUCCUCAAGUGAUGGGCCGGACCUCUCGGAAAAGUAUAAAUACGAAUUUGAGCUUAAAAAACGUGAAUUUGAGCGUGAAGAGAGAGAACGAGAGCGUGACGAGCGUGAGGAAAGGGAAAGAGAGAAAGCUAGAGAGUUAGAGUUGCGUAGGCUAGAGUUAGAGCAUGCUUUAGAGCUCAAGAAAUUAGAGUUAGUGGGGGUUCAGUAGAAGGUCAUCCAGGCACGAGUCGUUCCUCAUCAUUCGACAUAACUAAGCACAUUCGACUCGUUCCGCCGUUCCAAGAACAGGACGUAGAUAAAUAUUUUUUACAUUUCGAAAAAGUAGCAGAAAAUUUGAAAUGGCCAAAAGAAGACCCAAAGAACACUCGGCCUUAUUAAUACAGUGUGUUUUGACGGGAAAAGCUCAGGAAAUUUACACCCAGUUGUCCCUAGAGCAGGUAUCAAAUUAUGAUACGGUUAAAGAAGUGAUCUUGAAGGGUUAUGAGUUGGUCUCCGAAGCAUAUCGUCAAAAAUUUCGAAAUUGUGAAAAACGUUCGGGUCAAACAUUUGUAGAAUUUGCAAGAGCUAAAAAGCAGUUAUUUGAUCGUUGGUGUGAUUCCGAAAAAGUCGAAAAAGAUUACAACAAAUUAAGACAGCUAUUUCUAGUCGAAAAGUUUAAACGAUGUAUUCAUAGCGAUAUUCGAACUUUUAUCAAUGAACAACAGUCAAAAACAUUGAAUGACGCAGCACGUUUAGCUGUAGCCUGCGGGAAGAAAUUCCAGAUUUGUAUCCUUCCUGUGUCGUUACUCGAGCAAUGGCUAAAGCUAUGAAAGAGUCUGAUAAAGAUGAAAUACAUGGUGACGACAUUAAUUUGGCCGAUUCGUGCCUUGCGAAAGAUUUUGAAAAUGAAAAUGAAAAAGUUGCUGUUUCAAGUGAAUCCGAUUUGUUUGCAAAUAAAAAUUUAUCGCAAUCAAUUUCAAAAUCUUAUCUUGUUUCCGAACAACAUAAAGACUCAGACAUUUCGAUCUUGUUUCAAAAAGCUGUCGAUGAAAGUGAACUAUCCAAAAAUCCGGUUUGUUAUUUCGUUCAAAAAGACAUUUUAAUGAGGAAAUGGAGACCACCGGAUGUUUCUGCAGACGACGAAUGGGCAGUUAAGUAUCAAAUUGUGAUUCCAAAAGUGUAUCGGUAUGAAGUUCUUAGCUUAGCGCAUGAAACUCCGUUAGCCGGACAUUUAAGUACGAGGAAAACAUUGCGCAAAAUUUCCGAGCAUUUUUACUGGCCAUCGUUAAGGAAAGAUGUUGCUGAAUUUUGCCGGUCAUGCCAUACGUGUCAGAUGGUUGGGAAACCGAAUCAAACUAUUCCGAAGGCACCAUUACGUCCGAUUCCGGCGUUUGAGGAACCAUUUAGCCGAGUUAUAAUCGAUUGUGUCGGUCCGUUGCCAAAAACUAAGUCGGGUAAUCAGUAUCUUUUGACCAUAAUGUGUGCCUCAACAAGAUUUCCGGAAGCGAUUCCUUUGCGAAACAUAAAAACAAAAACCAUUGUUGACUCUUUAAUAAAGUUCUUUUCACUUUUUGGACUACCUAAGUCGAUUCAAUCCGAUCAAGGUUCAAAUUUUAUGUCCGGGAUUUUUCAACAAGUUAUGUACGAACUAAAAAUGAAACAGUAUUCGUCUUCAGCUUACCAUCCAGAAAGUCAAGGUGCUUCAGAGCGGUUUCAUCAAACUUUGAAAACGAUGAAUAAAACUUAUUGUUUUGACACCGAGAAGUGUUGGGAUAAAGGAAUUCAUUUACUUUUGUUUGCUGCAAGAGAGUCUGUUCAGGAAUCAUUAGGUUUUAGCCCUUUCGAGCUUGUUUUCGGUCACAUGGUGAGCGGGCCUCUCAAACUUUUCAAGGAGAAGUUUUUAUCCGACGGUAAUGAUUGUUUAAAUCUUUUUCAAUAUGUUUCGGAUUUCCAAACCAGGCUUUCAAAAGCGUGUGAUUUAGCUAAGGCAAACCUUAAAGCUAGUCAAGUUUCCAUGAAAACAAAAUUCGAUAAAAACACAGUUAGCCAGUGUUUUCAGCCUGGUGAUAAGGUUCUUGUUCUACUCCCUGUUCCGGGACAUCCCCUUCAAGCUAAGUAUUUUGGGCCUUACGUAGUUAGUGAGAAAGAGUGAGCAGAAUUACAUAGUAAAUACACCAGAUAGGCGUAAGUCUAAGCAAUUAUGUCAUAUUAACAUGCUUAAGCCUUAUUUUGAAAGAAAGAUUUAGGUGCACACUCAGUAAAUGCAGUUAGUGUAGGUCUCUCCAAGGAUAGUUGUAAUGAGCCCAAUAUUCUGUCUGACAUGAAAAAGCUGAGCAAUUCAGAUGUAUUAAAGAAUUUGGAUGAGAAAUUAAAGCAUCUUGAGCCAUCGGAACGAGAAGAUUUAAAGAAAAUUAUUGGUGACUACAAGCAUCUGUUUCCAGAUGUUCCAUCUAGAACUGAAAUGAUAUAUCAUGAUGUUGAAAUCGAGGACACUGCAAGACCAAUCAAACAACACCCGUACCGGCUUAACCCUAUGAAACAACGAUAUUUACAAGACGAAAUAAAUUACCUCCUGGCGAAUGACUUUAUCGAGCCCAUGCAGUAACAGCAACUGGAGUUCUCCUUGUAUUUUGGUUCCGAAACCGGAUGGUUCAUAUCGUAUGUGUACAGAUUAUCGGAAAGUUAACAACGUUACAAAGUCGGAGUCGUUCCCCAUACCCCGAAUGGAGGACUGUAUCGAUCGUAUUGGAAACUCUAAGGGACCGGUCAUAAAGUAGAGGGGGGGGGGUGGGCUAUGAAAAUUGAUUUUUUAAAGACUGGUUUACAGUGACCCACCCCCAAAUUGUGACAAUAAAUUGAGGUGGCCCACCCCUAGAUUAGAGCAGAAAUCUUAGUGACCCCCCCCGCCCCCCCCCGUCAUGUAGAUAAUGUACUGUACAAUAAUGUAGAUAGGUGCGCGUACGUUGGCAGCAUUGGCUUACCACGAUUCUUUACUAGUUUAGUCAGAAUCCCCGAAAAAUCUCCGAGAUUGAAAUGUUGUAACACGCCGCCCGACUCUUGAACAUAAUUCAACUAUGUCCAAACAUAAUGCAUGACAGUACAUUCAGGGCCGUAGGAAGCUCUUUUCGAUUGGGGGGGGCUGAAAGCGAGGGCCGAAGGCCCGAGGAAAUUUUUAAAUUUAGAGUCUCUAAAAUGCCAUUUCCUGGACUUUGGGGAAGAUUUAACAGAAUUCUGAUAGUCAGAAAACAGCGUUUUAGUAUGUCGAAAUUUACAGGAAAGUAUGGGCCAGACUGUAGUAUUAUAAAUGCGCGGCGGGAAUUUUCGUCGUAAAUGGCAGUGGCGCGGAAAUGAAGGCAGAACAUUUGAGAAAAUUUCGAAAAUCUGGAGUCUCUAGAUGGUCUGAAAUGGCAUUUUCAGAGUUUUCUUUCGCAAGACCCAACACACAAAAGACAAAAUAAAUCAUUAGUUCAUCAAAAAUGUGCAGAUUUUGUGGGAUUUUCUUGAAAAUGCGCGACAGAAAUUCAGCUAAAAUUUCUACGCGAGGAACGAUCUGGAGUAUGAGUAAUAUCUUCAUUCUUUGCAGUUUGUCACAGAUUAAAUGAUAAAGUUUGCAUGAUUUUGAAAAAAGAAUGAUUAUUAGCAAAUUAUUGGGGGGGGGCUGCAGCCCCCCAGCCCCCCCGGUUGCUACGGCCCUGACAUUGAGUAGACUACGGUAACUAGAACACUUCCCAAUGUACUGUAUACAAAUGUGAAUUCCUGUUGUUUAAUCAGGGGCGAAACUUGAGGGGGGUGUGGGGGGGUGUUACACCCCCCCAAAAUACGAAUCGUCCCGAUUGGCAGGGCAAUCAAAGGUCUCUUAUAAAUAAAUGAUAGCACAUAGGCGUACCGGGCGGGGGCAAUAUUCGAUCGGGGAGGUCGCCAAAAUAAUUUUUCCGGAAAAAAUUUUUUGGUACUUUUUGGCAGGGCAUCACUGGUUUUGGCAGGGCAAUUCUGCCAGACACCCCCCUAAUUAAAAGGGGCUAGUUUCGCCCCUGUGUUUAAUAUAUAAAGUUAAUAGGUUAAAGAGAUUUCGCAAAAGUUUUUAUUUGCUAUUUAUUAAAUUGUGAGACGUGAAUAAUUUUACCUGACCCACCCCUAAUGCAGUGCAUAAAUUUUCCUGACCCUCCCUUUUCGACGUGUUGAAAAAUAGUGACCCACCCCCAAUUUUUCAUAGCCCACCCCCCCCCUCUACUUUAUGACCGGUCCCUAAGUACGUUACUAAGUUUGAUUUACUCAAGGGAUUUUGGCAAGUUCCACUCACCGAGCGUGCGAAAGAAAUUUCAGCCUUUGUUACUCCCACCGGACUGUAUCAGUAUAAAGCAAUGCCAUUUGGGAUGAAGAACUCACCUGCCACGUUUCAACGUCUUAUCAACAACAUUAUUACGGACCUCGAUGGCUGUGACGCGUACAUCGACGAUCUUAUUAUCGCAACUGAGAUCUGGGAAGAACACAUUACUAUCAUACGAGAAUUAUUCGAACGGCUUAGUAAAGCAAAGCUUACAAUAAAUCUACUGAAAACCGAAUUUGGGUGUGCGACAGUCACGUACUUGGGUCAUGAAGUUGGGCAAGGUCAUGUUAAGCCCGUCCAAGCGAAAAUAUCUGCGAUCCUUGAAUUCCCCACACCCACAUAAAAGAAACAGUUAAUGCGGUUUCUUAUAUGGCUGGUUAUUAUAGAAAGUUUUGUCACAACUUCUCAAACAUUACCGAACCACUGACCAUGCUGUUGAGAAAGAAUGUCGGUUUUGCCUGGAGUCAAGAUUGUGAAACGGCGUUUCAAAAAUUGAAAGCUAUGCUGACCAGUGCUCCCGGCGCCGAAUUUCGACCGUCCAUUUAAAUUAGCUGUGGACGCCAGCAACGUUGCAGUUGGAGCUGUGUUGUUGCAAGAGGACAGUAAUGGAUUAGAUCAUCCGGCAGUGUGUUAUUUCUCGCGUAAGCUGGACAAGAGUCAGAAAAAAUAUUCAACGAUUGAGAAAGAGUGUUUGGCGUUAAUAUUAGCCCUACAUCAUUUCGAAAUUUACGUUACGGCUUCUAACUCCGCAGAUACGGUAUUCAGUGAUCAUAAUCCUUUGGUAUUUCUCCACAAGAUCAAGGAUAAAAAUCAGCGAUUAGUGCGAUGGAGCUUAUGUUUACAAGAAUAUGAUUUGAACAUACAGCACAUUAAAGGUAAAGACAAUCUGAUUGCGGACUGCUUGUCAAGAUAAUGAAGUUGGACGAAAGUUCUAACAAACUUUCUUUUUUCAAGAAAGGGAGUGUGACGUGAAGUCAGUCACGUCAUAAACAUUCUUAAUUUAAGACAUUACGUAAUUAUGCUAACUCAUGUUUUGCUAUAUUUAUCUUAUACGUAAUAUCUAAAAAUAGCGUUUAUGUAAUGUUCUAUAAAUAUCUUUCCAAUAGUAUAUAAGCAGGAUAGUUAAAAAGUUUAAGUUAAUUAACAUAUAGUUAAAGUAUAGACUAGUAUAGUAUAGAUUAGUAUAGACUAAUUUUAAAACUAGGCAAGGAGAUGCAAAUAAAUGACCGCAGCUAGAAAGAGCAUACUAAAAUGAGUAAAAUUGCAAAGUUUGGUUGCGAAAUGUUAUAAAAUGCGGGAAUUAUAGCCUUGCAAAGUUCGCAAAUUUUGUAUACUUUUGUAUUGCGUGCGGCCAUUUUCGGCCUAAAUGUGGUAGGAAUCAUAGAGAUUAUAAAUAGCACUAGAGGAGGCAUCGAGUUUAAAAAUUGGGAACGCAGCUAAUGGGGGGCAAAUUUAAGUCCCGGAUAUAAAAUCGUGCUCUCAUUGGCUGAUUUGAAACUCGUCACCAAUGGGAACACGAAUACACAUCCGGGACUUGAAUUUGCCCCCCAAUAGUCGCGUUCCCUUUUUUUUACUGAAUUAAGAUUACAAUGCCUCCUCUAGUGUUAUUUAUAAUCUCUAUGGUAGGAAUGUGGUAGGAAUUUCCGCACGCAAUACAAAAGUAUACAAAAUUUGCGAACUCUAGACCGGGAGCCCAGGG